GGAGGCGACCCCGGUCUGGCAGGGGAGGGGGGGAUUGGGCCUGGCUGGGCCCAGCCGGAGCCUCCUGCCGCCUGCACCGAGCGAGCGGGGAGAGCGCCCCCUCCCCGCGGGCCCAGCCCCAGCCCCAGCCCGGCCCCCGCCUGGCCAUGGGCAACGCGGCCACGGCCAAGAAGGGCGGCGAGAUUGAGAGCGGUGAGUGCGCGCGGCGGCGGGAGGAAGCCGGGUGUGGGGAGCGGGGGCCGCAGUCUGGGAGAAGCCGAGGCAGGAACUGGCGCCGGACCUCCCUCUUCCCUCCCGGAGCGGUGAGUGUUCUGGGGUUUGCGGGCAGCCGGUUCCGGAGAGUGGAGGAGCAGCGGGGGCGUCGCCGCCCGUGAAGCCCGCUCGCGGGGCAGGACACCGCCUUGCCCACCCUGCCUUCACACCAGGUACCCCGGGCCGGGAGGGCGGGUGUUUCCCCAGCCAGGCCUUUGCCUCAGCCUGCCGUGCCAGGCUUAUCCGGAGUGGGGGGUGGCGGCCGGCCCCUCCGUGCCUCGUUUGUGGGACACCUGGCUGGCCGGUGCUGCCGGGGGACUUUGGGGCCGCUCCGGCCGGUCUGCCUGCGGCGCUCUCCGGCGCCCCCGCCCUGCCUCCUCCCCUGGGAGCCUGCGAGUUCGCUGCCUCCACAUGGAGUGAGUCCCCUUGUCCUGGCUUCCCAGCACAACCCAUUCUUCGCGUUCGCGUUCGCCUUCCCCUCCCAUGAGCAUUACUUUUAAUGCUUUGUCCGAUUUGGGUCCACGUGUGUGUUUAUUCGGUGAAGGGGGUUUGUAGCAUGGAAAAACGGGUUUAAAAAUAAUAAUUGGCGAGCUGGGGUUGUUUUCUACCUCUGGCAACACUGCCUCUGGUCGUGCCUGUGCGCUAAAAACCAGUUUGUGUUGACUUUGUAACUUGUAGGUUAGUUAUCCUCCCCAAAUAUAUCAAACAGAUUUAAAUACGAAGCGUAGCAUUUUCUCAUUUAUCUGAAGCUGCUUAGUUAACAGUGGCUGGUACCGAAUAUGUGCACUGAAGCUAACACUUUGCUAUUGCUUUUAGGCAGGUAUGACAGGUUCCUGUUCAAUAGACAGCUCGCCCUGUUAAAACACAAAUGGAAGGCUACUUAAUUCAGCAGAGACAGACGGAUGUGUCCGCUACGCCCCACCCCCCAAAGGAAGUUGCAGAAUGGAGCUGCAAACUGGUCAGGCAGGGCCUCAGAUGGAAAGACUAGCAACAAAGCAGGAAGUAUGUUUGUAGCGUACCUAGAUGGAAAACAGAGAAGUCUGCUUGGAUUGCUUUCGAGGAAGUGGAAGGCAGGAUUUUGUAGCUGGCGGCAGACUUGCAGAACAGUCAAAGAAUUAAUGCUGGAAUAGGACCUCAUGAAAACUAUUUAAAACUACACACACACACCCCUUUGGGGUUCUUUCAUUUUACCUGUCUUCUUUGGGAGCUUGUGGCAUGCAAGCCUGUUCAAUUAAGUAUGAGUUUUACCUGCCACAUUGCAUCCAGGCAGUGGGUGUGCAAAACUCGGCCUUUUCUUCUGCACUGGAGAAUUCAGGUCAUUUUUCUUUAGGACCAAUGCAUCUCACAACCUUGUUUUGUAUACCAGCAUCUUUAACAGCUGGGCUUGGGCUCAGUUACAGAUAAAAAAUGUGAAUCAAAGUUACACUGCAGAACUCAGGUUUUCUAGGUGCUAGUACUGUUCUUUGAACAUGGAAUUGUCCAUCCUUAAAGGCUCCCUCAAAAGACAGAGAAGGUAUAGGGGGGAAAUGUAUGAAAAUUGCAAAGGAAGUGCCAGGGCUUGGCACAGAAGGUUAUAAGAGAGCUCUCAGACUUCUGCUCCGUGUGGACUCAGUCCAUGACCCAGCAUGUACUACUAAAUCCCUUCCCAGAGUUGUGGAUGGGAUUCAGGAACCUUGACUUCUUGUCCAUUAUUACUCUCUUCCCUUCCCAGCUUGUUUUAUUCUGUGAUCAAAAUCCCAUUACUGUUUAGACUGAGGCUGACCCUUUCCCAAAGAGAUUAUUACACUUAGUAGCAGUAUGGCAGGAUUAUAUCUGUGGCUUGUAAUGAUCACUGUAGAAAGAGGAAAGGGCAGGGCACAUAGCAAGUGUACAAAUUCCUACCCCUGCAUCACUGCCUUACAGUGUUUUAAUGUAUUCAUUGUUCUCAGCACUUCAUUCAUUUGUCAGCUGUUAACAGUAUCCAGGGAUUGCCCAACAAGACAACUACAAGAAUCCACCAACAGCCAACCUGAUCCAAAAACACCCACCCCACCCAUACAUGAAAACAAAGUUCACCACAGCCAAUCACAACCAACCAACCACACCCUAGGGCAACCCCAACCUCUCUCACCACCAGAGGAACACAAGCAAAUAGUAAAGAGAAACCACACAAGCGAUGCUGACACAAAACCCCACACAUACAUUAAGUUAAAUAGAAACAUUGCCACCUGACCCCACCCCCACCCUCCAUUGCCCCCUCCACCUCUUCCCCCCUUUUCUUCCCAAUGUAACACUAAUGUUGCAACAAAUGAAACUGAUCUGUAGAAAAUGUAACUUGAAAAAGAGACAUUGUACAUACUUUUGUAAACCAAGAAACCUUUAAUAAAAAAUACAUUAAAAAAACAGUAUCCAGGAAUUUAGGGACUCUGUAGUAAGAAUGAGAUGGACCAAUAUUUUGGACUUCCUGAACAGCAAAAGCCUGAUUUAUACUGUUUUUAUUAACCACAAAGAUAGCUAUUGCCAAAGAAAGAGAACUCAACAUUGUGUAUAAAAAAUAAGUUGUGCAAAUUAAUAUUUUGUGCAGAUACACUUAUCUUGGAGAAAUAUGUCUAUGUUUGAUUCUAAAUAUAUUUAUAUUAUUUUGUGGAAUUUAGAAUAUAUCCUGGAAGGGAAGCACAGGUAAAUGAGUGACAUAGGGUAACAUGAAGUGCAAGAUUCAUAGGUACUUGUUCAUGGCUUCGAUGAUCACUGGUUCUUUCAAAAGCCCAUUUGUAAAUAUUAACUGAAGGACUGAAACCUACUGUUAUAUAUUUAAAACGUGGAUUUAUCAGCAGUCCAAAUACUACACCAUAUUUGAGUAUGUGGAAUCUCAGGACAUGCAUAGUUCUGACUCUUAAGUUAUUUUUAUUUAGGUAAAUGUAUACCUUGUCCUUCUAUUGUGAUCAUGGUACUUGGAAGUGGAGUUUGUUAAGUCAAGAUAGGGAAAAUUUAAGGACACUUUCCUUAAAAUUGUCUUGAGUAGUUGUGAUUGAAUUCUAAACAUCCUUCAAAACUUUAGCCUGAUCAUCAGAUUUAACAUGCAUGCAUGCAUGUCAUCUAAUAAAGUUCAAGUUCAUAAAUUGAUGGUUGUAGCCAAAGCCCAUGAUAGUAUUAAUGCAAUAAUACAGAAAAUAUUCAUAAUACAAUAAGACUGUCAAGUUCCUGAAACACACAGUUUCCCUUAUAUCUCUCUCAGACCUCCAAUUCUAAUAUUUUGCCUUUUAAAAAUCCAAUUUACCAGCAUCCAUAAUGUAAGGAAGACAAGUUCCCAGAUACACCAACAAACUCAAAUCCAGCUUGAUUUCAGAUUACACAUCUGAAGCACCACCACAAUUUAUAGCAAUUUUAUCUUAACUCCUUUUUCCUGAUUAUUAUUAUUAUUUUAUUUUUUGCAGCCAGUGUGUAGAGGGCCAUUCUGCUUGUUAUGGAGCUAUUAUUGGCACUCAAAAGAAACAACAGUGUGUGCCUGCUUGCUUGUGUGAACAAAGGUUUCAGAAAGUCAUCUCUUGGCCCUCUCUAUAAGGGGCAGGCUAACAGAUAAGGAGUGAUGUCUCCCACCUGACCAUAAAUACAAAGUCUCUAUACAAGACCUUGUAGUCGCCAUCCAAGACUGUUUUGGGCAUCACUUGGAAACGCAGCUCAAUAACGACAUUUCUUGAGGAAACUGGUGAAAGUUCAGAUACUAGCUCUAAAAUGCUCUUUUUUCAAGAGUGGGUACCAAGGGGGAAAUUUUGUGUUUCUAAUUAGUUGUAGGUCCCUUCUGGGUUCUGUCCAGAAGAUCCAAUCCCUUACUUGUCAUCUAGUCAAAAAGCUAUUUCCUAGCCUUUGCAACAAAUUAUUUAUUGGCAGUUACAAAAUAUUACAAAGGCUAUUUUCUAAAGUAACAGCAUGCAUUAUAUGAGCUCCAUUAAGUAAAAAAAACUUGAAGGCUUCUGAACACUUGCUUGUUGUAGAAAUAUGCUCUGUGGACCAUUAUUCUCUGCAGAGAGUAAUCAAGUUAGCAACUGAAAGAAAUUUAAAGGGAACAAAUAGUAAUUAUUAAUUGUUAAAUAGGAACUUUAGCACACUAUCCACAUGAUAUCCAAACAGUAAGGUUUAAGUAGUGGGAUUUUUAAGGAAUACUUGCAUCUGCCUCCGCCUGCAGCUCUCCUGGUAUAUGUGCAGCAGUUGGAGGUGGGCUCCCUUGCAGCUUUCUAGUCCAAUCUGUCCCCUUUUGUUGCUUUCAACAGAUCUGAGGAGCAGACGCAACAUUAGACCUGUGCCUCUAUUGCUGGUGCAUGGAACUUCUUUGCAGAUUUGUUGUUUGAUCCACAAAGAAACUGUGCUGAUAAAUUUUACUCCCAGCUCUCAUUUUUGGCAGGAUUAAAAAGGAAAACAAAGCAUGACUUCAAUUAAACGGAGCACAGCUUUAAUUAAACAAUUAAUCCAAUAUAAUGUAUGUGAAGCUUUUAUGUGAAGUGCACUUAAUAGAAGCACUGUUUCUUUUUAUUAAAUGGGACAUCCAGGUGCCUGUGGCUUGGCUGCUAGGCUCUGUGUAAAAUGUCUAUUAUGGAAUUUCUGGAAGAUAGAUGGGUCAAGUAGACUUCCUGCCUACUCUGAUGAACUCAGAAGGGGAACAAUUCUUGUAUUUAUGUUGGUACUAAAGGGUUAAGAGGUAACAAGUCGCUCUAAUCACUGAGCAGCUGGAAGUCAUUAAGCAUCCAGGAAUGUGAGUUAGUUUGUAUAAAUAGUCAGUUCACCCGUGUGUUAUCUCUCUCCCCUGUGUUUGCUGCUUUGAGUUAAGUUUAGAGUAAAGUUUUCUUUAUGCCGGAGAUAAAAGCAUGUGUGCUUUAUCGCCAGGGUUUUUCUUUUGUAAAUAAAGUUUUUUUCCCCUGAGUUCCAAAGUGCUUGCUCCAGGAUUCUUCAUUGAAAGGUACUGACUCUCCUGCCUUCUUCAACCGCUGCACGAAAUUCUCUGCUGAGAUAAGAUUUAUGGUGUUGGAAGCACACUGGACGUUUACUUAACAUUAAACUAAUUAAAGUUUAAUGGACAAUUUAUGUAGCCUUUUUUAAAAAAACCUGACAACUUAAUUAUUGUGAUUCUCUUUCAUUGGCGGCUUUAAAGUUGAAACUAGAUAAGAACUACUACAUCCUACCUUUCCUCCAAUAAGUUCAAGGUGCAGUACCUGGUUCUUUCCCUUCUCAGUUUGUCCUCACAACAACCUUGUGAGGCAGGUUUAAGUUGAGAGGCAGUGACUGAGUAGGGAUUGUGCAACAUUACAUGGAGGUCCUUUCCAGCUCUGCAACUGUCUGUUUAAAACAGAGGUGCCUUAGGUGUGGACAUCCAUAUAUUGUUGGACCCCAAUUCCUGUCAGCUUCACCUAUCUGAAGUAAUCAUUCAGUGCAAAUGAUAAAUGGAUUUUAAUAGGCUAGCCAACACAUCUGGAAAAAUGCAAAUAGGCCUUCUGUUUGUAGCCACCUGCCAAACGUGAGUUGACUUGGCUUCCUGAGAUGGCUCUCAGAUGUUGAUUGGAGUGCAAUAGGGAUUACUUACAGACAGUCCUUGAGGUAUUCUGGUCCAAAACGCUUGUCAGUUUUUUGGUCAAAGAAAAUGUGGCUAUAUAGGUAUCAAAGCUGUGGCUGACACACUGUUGGUAUGGUAAGUAAAUAUAAAUGAAAUGUACGGAGAACCCAUGGAUUGGUAAACUGAACUCUUUCAGUUGCAUCUUAAAAAAUAGUUCAGUAGCACCUUAGAGACCAACUAAGUUUGUUCUGGGUAUAAGCUUUUGUGUGCAUGCACACCUCUUGGUAUCUGAGGAAGUGUGGAUGCACACGAAAGCUUAUACCCAGAACAAACUUAGUUGGUCUCUAAGGUGCUACUGGAUUAUUUUUUAAUUUUUUAUUUAUUUCGACUGCGUCAGACCAACAUGGCUACCUACCUGAAUCUAGUUGCAUCUUAGUUUCUCCAAACACAAAGCCAUAUGUUUUUGGUGCAGUCUGUUACUACAGUACAGAUAAUGGUAAUUGUGAUUCAGAAACAUUUCUGCUGGCGGACAGUGGCAGACGUAGAUCAUCUGGGCUUCCAAUAAACAGGGUUGUAUCCAGUUCAGCCUCUGGGGCAAUGGAGGAGUCUGCUUUAUUUGAUCAGAAAGCGGGUGAGGUGAUUAUUUAUUUAUUUUUGUAAAUUCCUACUUCCUCCUGCAUCUGCUAUGCUGUUCCAAGGGGCCUCCAGGGCAGGCACUGGGGACUGCAGAGGGCAGUACAAGCAGCCAUGAGGUAUGUCCACAGUUAAAGGUAGGUUUCCUCUUCCGUCUCUCUCUCAUCUUUCUGUUAGGCUGUAAGUUCCUUGGGGCUGGGAUCUGUUUUCUGCUCAUUAUUCUGUUCAUUGCCAUCAACACUGAUGGGACUAUAUUAAAAGUAGGUUCCUUAACUUCUAGUCUGGGGAAAUCUAAGCCCCCUUUUAAAAGCUGCGCUUUCCUGUUCAUUCUGCUUAACUACACCAAAGGCAGAACUGCUGAUUGACAGCUUAGUUGUUUAAAGCAGCUUUUUUCCAACCUGGUGCCCUCCAGAUAUUUCAAACUAUAGCUUCCAGCAUUGGCUAUACUGGCAGAAGCUGUUGUGAAUUGUAGCCCCAAACAUCUGGAGGGCACCAGGUUGGCAAAGGCUUAAAAUCUAACUGGUAUUAGAAAUUGAGUUGGUUCAUCUCACUCUGCAGAUUUGUGACUUGGCUUUUGUGAAAGUGAUAUGAUUUGCCUGUGAUCUCUCUACCAUAUAUAAAGUGGAGGGAGUUGGGGCUUCCGACCCAGUGAAAAAAACCCCUAUUAGCAUGUGUUAAUUUGAUUUAAAAAAACAGCAACACCAAAAACUUCUUUUGCUUCUAGGAAGCCUGCAGUUUAGGUGAAGAAAACAUACUAAAACUUAGAGAAUAUUCAUUGGUUUUGUGGUUAAAUUUUGUUUACUUAUAUGUCUUCUCACCCUCAAAAGGGCCUCCGAGGCCUGCUGCAACCUUCAAGUGACAAUAAAACAAAUUAUAAAACCAGAGAUAAUUUCACAUCAGCCAACAAAUCAAAUCCACUGCUGGCUGUAACCGCAGCAAGUAGCAAAAGAACUCCCUGGAGUUGGGGAAAGGUGUUAGGAGUAAGCUGUGAUUACUGUAAGAAGUUUCUUCAGAAGAUGCAGACAGGAGAGGAAAAUGUAAGAAACCUUUAUCUGUGUACACUAUAAAAAUAUGAAACUGUUUCCUUGCCCAUGUAAUUGGCACUCCGUUCUUCCAAGGUUCCGAACAGGCCCCAGCAGUUCUUGCUCUCCUCAUUAGGUUCUCCCAGUUAUGUGACUGAAGCUGUCUUCAAGGAAGAGUUUGAUGUGCAUGGUAUCCCAGAUGUUUUAGGGUUCUUGGUAGGUUAAAAGUGUGAGCUCGCACUGAUGAUUAAGAUGAGAAAUUGGAACUCUUAUUAAAGAUCAGAGUAAACUAGCAGGAACUUUUGGUAAAAUGAGGUCAAACCUGAGCUUACAAAGCCAAUAAUGGACUUUGAAAGUUUUGUGCGCUUUGGAGCUGAAGGGUGGGGUGGCAAAUAUGUCAAGGGUGUUUAUUUUCUGUGAAGAGGUGGUAUGGUAGGUAAAGGCUAAUAAGGAAGCAACAACUGUUCAUUUGUAUGAGUAGCACAGUGCUGGGAACGCUUCAUACUUCACAGAGUAAAGGUUCAAGUGGUAGUACUUUUGCUACAUAAUUUUGAAGUGUCUUAAGCAUCUGUUUCAUAGCAUGUACACAUCUGGGGAGUCAACCAAAGCCGUUCCUUGCCAUGUGCAUAGGUGCAUGUAGCUGUUUCAAUGUGUCCACCAUGUGUAGAUCAUGAAUGAUCUUCAAUAAAUUACUACAACCCCGUAAGUCAGAAUUCAAAUUGCUGAAAUGAAUUGGGUCCCUGCUGCACCUGUAAGCACUCAUUGAUCAGUGUAAAAAUCCACUCUUUUUGCAAUCAAGAUGGCUGGUUUAAAAUGUGUUUAAAGAGUAAUUUACUGCCUUAACAAACUGGAGUAUGAACGCUGAGCAACCUUUUGUACAUUCCUUUGUAGAAUCCGGGGAUGAUUUCACACUUAAUUGGUUUUUUUUUUUAGUGUGUGAAUACUUCAUAAUACAUAGCAUUUAGAUAUUAGCCAGCUCUUAAGUUGCUUGAAGCGUCUUAAAAGCAAAGUGCUGCCCAUUUCAUUCUCCUGUGUAGGAUAGUCAGCACGUGUUUCUGGCAGGAUUCCUAUGUCUUUAAUGACUGUGACAAGCGGGUAUCCAACAACAGAAUCUUGCUGGAGUCACCUGCUUAAUUUCUGUUUGGAUUGCUGCCGUUAAGGGGCGUAGGAGCUCCUUCUGGGAAAAAGAUUUGAUAGCCCAAACCCUUAAGUGCUGUUCUCCUUGUCACUUCCUCCAAGAUUCUGUGUUGCUUUCUCAAGUGUUGCAGACAGGUUAGUCACCAGGUGGGUAAUUUCCGAGGAUCAGUAAAUGCAACAACCUGCCACAUCUCUCUGUACUAUAUUUGCACUCAUCCCUUAUCACACAGACAAGUGUACAGGCAUUCACAAACCACAGGCAGGCCUUCCUGUGCUCCCACUGUUGUUGCCACUGCCAUCCUGGGGUGGAGGGAAGGAAGAAAGCCAGCAGCUCAGGCCUUCAGCACGAGCAAGCAGACCAGUGAAAUGGGCAGGUGGGCAGCCCAGGCAAGGCUUCCUACACACUCUCUGUCAUUGCUACCACAAUAUGGGUGUGUGUAGAGGAAACAGGUCAGCGGCCCAGGCAGGUAAACUUGGCAGAGUUGGCCACCCAGGCAGGCCUUGCUGAGCUCCCUCUGUUACCAUCUUCAAAGGCGGCGGGGCAGGAGAAUGAAGAGGCCCUCUCCCUGCUGCUGCCGGAAGGAAAUCUGCAAAUGAAGCAGAAGUAGGGAGAUAGGGGGAAGUUUCUUUGGCGUUUUUUGGCAAUCUUGUGGGUGUGGGUUGAGCCAGUUGUGAGGGGUUGGGUGUGGGAGAGGUGUAAAAUGGGAGAGUUGGCAUAUAAGUCCUGCUUCUGAUUUGGGAAAUGUUUUUGGUCUUUGUGCUACUAGCUUCAUGCUCCCUUUCUCCUGGGUUGACCGCCAAAAAAGGCACGCUUGACUCUUCCACUGCCUCCAUGCCAAGCUCCUUUUCUCUUUUUUUCUCAGGCAUGGACCUCAUCCUGUUGCCUUGUGGUCUUGGUGCAGAGGGAGCGUCCAUCAAAUUUCCACAAUCUGUAUCUAUCUGUAGACUGAUCUAGCAGUACGAUGUGGAGAAAGUUGAUAGAGAAGUUUUCCUCCCCUUCAUAAAAAUAGAACUAGAUGUUGAAUGUGGGAAGUGCCAGGGCACACAAAAGGAAGUAUAUCUUCAUGCAGGGCAUAGUUAAACUACAUGCUGUCACAAAUGUUGUGAUGGUCACCAUCUUUAAGGCUCCUGGUCAUGGUGGCUGUGUAUAAUCUAACGUGUCAGAGGUGAUGUGCUUCUGAAUACUGUUUGUCGGGAAGCAAGUGCUGUUGUGAUCGUGACCUGGUUGUUGACUUCCCGUAGGUCUGAGUGGCCCCUUUGAGAAUAGGAUGCUGGACUAGAUAGGUCUUUGGUCUGAUCCAGCAGAACUCUUCUUAUUCUUAUAUCACCUAGAUCUUAUCCUGAUUUGUUACUUGCUCCAAGUAUUUUAGAUUAUCUUUUAAAAUGCAUUUUAUUAUUAUGGAACAGAAACACGGAACAUUUCCUGGAGUUGCUUUCUAUAUCUCUUAGCCCCUGCCCUUGUUGCUGGCUUUUGAAUUGGGAAGGCAGCAAAAUAAACUGAAAUUUCAAGAAGAUCCAGCUUGCUUAUUUUCUCAUAUGCUGCUGUGGGUCACUGUAGAGGUUCAUGUACAAUUAGCAAUGCCUUGACUUAGUGACUCUGUGAGCCUUUCUCUAUAACUGUUUGAUUCACAGUGCCAACUAAAGCAGAGGGGUCAAGCAUAAGGUUUGAGGCCCAUACCAGGCUCUAUGGAUACCCCCAAAGUGGUCCAGGACACCCCUAAAACAUUCUGGUCAAAUUUUUGGACCAGCUUAAAUUGCACUGCAGGCAAGAGCACCCAAUAACUGUUAACUGUUAUAUUUUCUGGUAGCAAACAUCUACCAGUUUGAUUUUUGUUAGGUUUCUUUGAAAGGGGUCUAAUGGAGGUGAGAAAUGCUUGUUCCUAGCUUCUUUAGGAUGCAGAGGAAGACAAAUGUACCGGUAUAUGAUGUUACUUAAUUAUAUUCUCAUGAUUGUUUUAAACCUGGUGGUUGCAGUAGCAACUUCCCUUCCCUUCCAGUUUUAAUGUGUAAAACUGAGCAUUGACCCUGAGUACUGAAAUCCUUGACCAGAAUGAUUCGUUUCCUGAUCAACCUGUUCUGUUUGUUAGUAGGUUAAUCAAGAGGUGAUUUCAGACCAAAGACUGUAAAGGGGUCUGUCUACUAAAUUACAAAAAAGGGGAAAAAACAUUGGACAUAUUGCUCAAGAGAACCCUAUUAUGUUUAAAUGGAGACAGAAGCUGUCUAAAUGACAAUGACAAGCUGGCUUGAGUGACUACUGCCUCUUGCUAACUUGUAGCAUGCUGUAAACCUUGGUGGAUAAGUGAGGGAGUAUUACAAAUUAGUGCAUUUGUAGUUUUGGCAGGAAUAGGAGAGUGGUUUGGGCAUCCACAGACCAGAUCAGGCACGUUCUUCAGCCAUGAUGCAUUUAAGACUAUCAGCGCCUGGCCUGUGGAAUGUUUUCUGGCAAUUCUAGUUAGGAGAACAAACUUGAAGUUUAACCUUAUGUUGCCCUAUGGUUCAAGUGUGGGAUUGUGUUGUGAGCCAUUCCACUUGUAACAUUUUUGCAAAGGAGUAAUGGCUAAUAAUUGUAUUGAUCAGGUUAGAUAAGACUUACAGGCCAGACCCUUAUUGUAGCACGAUACAGUGAUUGGGUUUUGGCUCUUUCCUGAUGAAUUUCUUGUACAUGGAAGAUUGGAAACUACAAAUACAGUACGUGGUCUUGUGUGUUCACUAUUUAUUUAGCAGCUUUUAGCCUUGCUUGAUUAGACUUCAAAAGUCAUUUCAGUUGACAGAAUUUAAAAAAAAAAGAAAAAGAAAACACAAAUCAUUAAGAGCAAAGAGGAAAAUGCAACCAUUGGACAUGCCUCUAACCCAAACACCCUCCUAAAAGGAUCUUAAACUUUAUGCUUUUGAAAGCUGAUGCAAGAGUUCGUUAAAUGCAUUCCCUAGGAAUAGUGUUCCAAAGAGUACCCCUCAUCCUACUGCAACAAACAAGGGGACUGUUAAGCAUUGCUUUUCCCGUGUCCCCAAGGACAUAAUAGUGGUGGUAUGCCUCUGAUAACUUUGGUUCAGGGCUUUAAAUAUCAAAAAUAUACUUUGAUGUGUGCUUAGAAGCACACUGGCAAUGCAUGCAAAUGUUUGAAAACGGAUGUAAUAUAUUGUCAGCAAUCUACCCCCAUUAAGAGCUUUGCUGUUGUAUUUAUUUAUUAUAUUUAUAUUCUACUUCUCUAAGGAGCUCAAAACAAUGUACAUGGUCCUCCUUUCUUUACCCAGCCCUCCCUGUUAUCUUCACAACAACUUGGUCACUAGCCCAAGGUUACUCAUCAAGCUUCAUGGCUGAAUGGGGGUUUGAACUUAGGUUUCUGUAGCCUGGACAUUCUAACCAUUACACUACACUGUCCAUUGCCCAAACAGUGUGUGGAGUUUAGCUAUAGCUGACACAAUAACGUAUACUGUAGUUUAACAGUGCUGAACGAAAAGGGAAAAAAUGGAUGCUUUUUGUGCCAUCUGGUGGCCAUUUAUUUCCUACACUAGUGAAAAGGGUCUACAAAAUAAUGUUAUCCACUGCAUCUCUACAAAACUGGGUGUUGUGGCCAUGCAUACUUCUUUGUACUUCAGCUGGAGAAGAUGACCUUGCUGUGGAUGGAUGCUCCCACACUACCCUGAUGGAACAACGUAAGAGAAUCCUGUAGAGAAAAACUAAAAGAAGAAUUAGUUUUAUAAAGACAUGAAUUCUAAACGUGGAAGCAGUGACAUGCAGUGAUUUUUUUGGUAGGGGAACACUUUGGGUCAGAAGCAGCAGCUUGUAGGAUGGUUGCCGGCAGCGGGGCAGAAGCCUCCUGGGCUUUGAGGAGGAGGUGCCAGGCGGUAAUGCUUUAAUACUCUAAUUUACCAGGAACAUUUAGGGGACUAGCCUAGUCCCACUAGUCCACUGCCCGGAAGCUGGUGAGGUUGGGGAGGACAGAGGACCAUUAUAACUGAAGUAUACCUGAAGGAGCGUCUCCACCCCCAUUGUUCAGCCCGGACACUGAGGUCCAGCUCCAAGGACCUUCUGGAAGUUUCCUCACUGCAAGUAAGGUUACAGGGAACCAGGCAGAGCGCCUUCUCGGUAGUGGCGCCCGCCCUGUGGAACACUCUCUCAUCAAAAUGUCAAGGGAAUAAACAAUUCUCUGACGUUUAGAAGACAUCUGAAGGCAGCCCUGUUUAGGGAAGUUUUCGGUGUUUGAUCUUUUAUCGUGUUUUUAAUAUUCUGUUGGGAGCAUCCCAGAGUGGCUGGGGAAACCCAGCCAGACAGACAGGGUAUGAAUAAUAAAGUAUUAUUAUUAUAACUGCGUUCAGUCACCUAGUUUUGAUUUGUUAUACAAACUUGAACGAAGCGAAACAGCCAAUCGGGCGCGGGGCAGCAGGCCUGUGUGCUGAGGGUUCUGCUCUGGCCACGCCCUCCCAGUUCUACAGGAGAUCACUGGAGAUCAGACCAGGCAGGCCCGGGGCCUGAUGUGCUCCGCUUGCGUUUCUUAAAAGUAUGUGCCAAAGGCAGGCUCCUGGGCCUCGCAAGGGUUUGAUCCUUACUCUUGUUCUUUACAGGGUCUGGCUUUAGGUCUUUUAAGCGGGCUGUUUCACUCCACUCCUCUCUCUCUCUGCCCCUUGGAGCCGGUCUCCCAGAGAGCUGGCAAAGCUGUAGUUUGGAUUGGGCCUUCUGGGGAGCCGUAGGGGAAGAGAAGCCACACUCCAGACUGGCAAGAUGGAGGUCGGAGGUGAGGGGGAGUAAUAGGCUGGGUAGCCCGGGGAGAAGAAGAGGCUCUGAGUCUAUGAUGCCAGCCCUCUUGGGGGUCCAAGGAGGAGGUGUUGUGGUUUUGUCUAGGGACAGGCAGCCCCGGGCAGAGGGAGGGGAAUGUGACAGGAUCGGUGGAGCUGAGAAGUAGAGAGAUUUCCCACUCUUAAUGUGAGGUGGCUUCUGUUUGGGCCCGAUUGAGGGACUUGGGAAGGUGAAGAAUGGCUUUGAUGUCCUUAGCUGUACCGUCUGGCUUCUGCAGGCUGAUAAUUUAAGAAAAGGUAGGCCCUUUGAUUAUAACAUGCUGUUAGGUCUUAACAUAAUCCCAUCUGGUUACCUUUCCCUGUCUUGGCCUCUUGAAGGUUUGCACUGCAGCAGGUCAGAACUGGUAGUAAUUCAGGUUUACGUUCCUUGAGGGAGAGGAUUUUUAUUUCUGUUGGGACAGUUUGUACAAGGCCCUAAAAAUCUGUGGUUACUGUGGGACUGAGUUAUUUAGAGUGGAGCGUGGCAAGUGGCUAACAGAGGGAAUGUCCACACUUUGGAUUCCUAUGUUGAAUUAUUAAGAGAGAGCAUUAUUUGUUAGGGCUGGUUGAUGGUCCCAGAGCUUAUUGAUUAAAUUAUGAUUGUACAUAAAUGUUCUGAUUGAAACCCAAACUUCAUGUUGAGAUGCUACAAAGAGGUAGGUGUGUUAUAGUUAAAAUGCUGUUGAGAGGGAUGCCUUUUCUAAGAAUUGGGGGGAACUGGAGAAGUUCAGUGUUUCUUACGUUAAGCAUGGAAUACUUUGCUAAUUCUCCAUAUAGGGAAAGUAGUACUCUGGUGCUAUGCAGAAGUAGGCUGUGAAGUUUGAGCUCUCUUCCGAUGAUGUGUGUAAUGUAGAAUUAGGCUUUUCUAGAAUGGAAAAUAAUGUUAGUGGUGUCUUUGGCAGACUGGAAUGGGAAUCUUGGGAAGGCAUGAAGGUUAUAUAAAUGAAGGAAUAGAUCGUUUAAGAUGCAAGCAGUGAAAAUAGGGAAAGUGCUGUUACUCUUGAAAAAGGAAUCCAUUUUAUCUUCUAGUGACUUUUGUUUAGGAUGUGUGCAAAGAAAAAACAAAGCAAACAAAAUUAUAUAAAGGUGGAAUACUUCUGGAAAGUCAGACUUUCAUAAGUUUUUUUCUUUUUGUUAUACAUCUUAAUCUCAACUCCUUUGCUAUGGUUGUGCAGUGUGGAGAUUUAUUUAUUUUUUAAUGGCCAGGAGAGAACCCAAAAUUCUUGAUUUUGUUCAGCAUCAGGGCCAUACUGAAAAUCUUUAACUAGGGUCACCAGUCAGUCAUACUUGUAUUGUUUGUAGCAGAUGAUCAUUACAUGGAAGAGUCACCAGCUAACUGAAUUUUGCUUUUACAGGCUUAACUGCAGUAGAGUAUAUGUGACCCACUCAUGUAACUUUCCAUGUGAUGUACUUGUUUGCUUUCAGAAGCAGACUCAUCGGGGUUCACUUCAAAUGAAUGGGUACCUUGUGAUGCAGCUGUAUUGCUUGGCUUGGUGUGCAUUCAGCUUCCAACAGCCAACGUAUGAAUAGAGUGCUGAGUGGAAGGCUUUAUGCACCCUUCAGUGCUUACUCUUUAUUCUUUUUAACAUAGGUUGAGAGGUAACAGGUUGAGAAGCAUUACUUAAUUCCAACUGUGCUGCUUCCAGUUCGUGAUCUGAUCCACCAUCUGCGAAGUACUUCAGAUGAAUGGAAAAGUUCAAGGGACACUUGGCCACAGAAAAGAGUUUUGAGAGAGAGAUGUGGCCCAGCACCAUUCCCUGUGGUCCAGCCACCAGAGGGGGGUGUUGCACAUGGUUUCUAAAGACAGUAUAAUGCUGAUUGGUUUGCCAGUUUCAGAAUGUAUGAUUCGAGCAUCUCUUGUUACCAAUUAAUGAGAAGAACCAUGGGGUGUGUAUGUCACUUGUAAUUGUUGGCAAAGUGUACCGUUUGUGCUCUGUGCUCUUUGUUCAGUUAUUACUUGGUUUGGGAAGGAGAAAAUGGUUGAUGAUACCUUUUGCAGAUAAGAUUAUCUGUUUCUGCAUUAAUCACAAAAGACACGAGCAUAAGCGAUGCGGGUAAUCUCAGAAGUUGCCUCCGUGUGCUAGAAUGUGUGGAAGUGCUAAUGUUGGAGUUGUAAUAAGUGUUACUAUGCCAGAAAAUAGUCAUGUUGUCGGAGAUCUCCUUUUGCAAAGCUCUUAGCACAUACAUGUGCCUCUUGAGAGCAAACCUGUGGCUUUAGAGCUACGGUAUAUGGUGAGAGAGGGUGUGAAGUACAUAUAAGGGAAUAAGGUUUCAGAAAGUGGAACACUCAUUAGCAAUGCAUUAUGUGUAGCGAGGUGCUAAAAUAUCGCAAACAGUCAGAUCCUAACAAUGUGUACUUUGGAAGUAAGCCUGCUUGAUGCAAUGAGAAAUCCUUAACAUGUAGAUAAAUCUUCCAGUUUACAUCUAGAUAAACUUUACAAAGCCAUGUAAGGUUGAGGCUGCAAAGAAGGAUCACUUUCAAAUCCCAACUGAUUGUUGCAAGAGCUAUAUUGGUAUCUUCAUUCUCUCCUUUGCAAUCCUGUUCACAGAGCAAGGAGCCACUUUGAGAGAGGAAUGGAUUUCAGCUGAUCAGCCAGCAAACAUAACGGCCAUGUCUUUUCUUGCUCUUCUUCAUACCUAAAGCACUAUCUAUAGGAAGUGGGGGGGGGGGGACACAUAUGUGUGUGUAUACACAUUGUGAAAACAAUAUACAUCCAGGCCCCAUUACAUGUAGAUGUGUGAGUACCUAAGGUAAAAGGUAAAGGUAAAGGUACCCCUGCCCGUACGGGCCAGUCAUGUCCGACUCUAGGGUUGUGCGCCCAUCUCACUUAAGAGGCCGGGGGCCAGCGCUGUCCGGAGACACUUCCGGGUCACGUGGCCAGCGUGACGAAGCUGCUCUGGCGAGCCAGCACCAGCGCAGCACACGGAAACGCCGUUUACCUUUCCGCUAUAAAGCGGUACCUAUUUACAGUGGUGCCUCGCAAGACGAAAUUAAUCCCUCCGCGAGAGUCUUCGUCUAGCGGUUUUUUCGUCUUGCGAAGCAACCCUAUUAGCGGCUUAACGGAUUAGCGCUAUUAGCGGUUUAGCGGCUAUUAAAGGCUUAAAGGCUUAGGGGAUUAGCUGCUAAAAGGCUAUUAAAGGCUAUUAAAGGCUUAGCAGAUUAGAUAAAGGGGGGGGGGGAAGCGGAAAAAAAAUCUCUAGACUCGCAAGACAUUUUCGUCUUGCGAAGCAAGCCCAUAGGGAAAUUCGUCCUGCGAAGCGCAUUGAAAACGGAAAACCCUUUCGUCUAGCGGGUUUUCCGUCUUGCGAGGCAUUCGUCUUGCGGGGCACCACUGUAUCUACUUGCACUUAGGCAUGCUUUCGAACUGCUAGGUGGGCAGGAGCUGGGACCAGAAGACGGGAGCUCACCCCGCCGCGGGGAUUCGAACCGCCGACCAUGCGAUCGGCAAGUCCUAGGCACUGAGGUUUUACCCUCAGCAUCACCCGGUGUGAGUACCUAAGGUGCAGCUUAUUCUGACUUGUACUUAUUGUGUAGAAGUCACCAUAUUGCACUGAGCCAUACUGUUUUGUUAUACAAAGCCUUUAGGUCAAGUUGAUUUCUGGUCUACCAGCUUUUGUUGGACUCCCAUCUGCUGCAGUCAGCAUGACCCGUGGUCGGCUAAGAUGGGAGUUGUAGUCCUGCUUUAGACUGGUAUGCUGGGUUCAGCAUUUUGGAACAGGGGACAGUCAGAAGGAUGGACAGCAUUGGUGAAUUUAGCUGCUGGUUGACAAUACUACUAUUUUAUGCUUUAUACCUGCCAGGUGUAUUGAGAAUGAAACCAACUUGUCCAGCCUGGCUGUGGAAAAUGUGCGUGAGAAUGUGUGAUAUCCUCAUUGUGGGGUUCAGAUUUGUGGAAGAAAAAAAUGAUGUUGCUGUGAAGUUUUGCCUUUUUUUGUGGGGAAGCUGUGUAAUGGGAUCACCACCCUUUGUGAUCUCCUAUCAGGAUAGUUGUAGUUCAAUAUUGCUCUGUACCUUGUGUUGGAUGAGUCUGAGAGGCCCUUAUUUUUCACAGAAUACCUCUUGAUUACAUUGCUGUCAGCAAAUGGAGGAGGGGGGGAAUUAAAAUUCUGACAUUUAUUUUUUAAAAAAAGCUGUUUGGAGACUUCACACAGACAAAGCCCUAGCUUUCCUGAGUAGCUUGGGCUUACUGGCAAGCUUGCAUUAACUAUGCAAACCCUGAUAUCAUGUUACAUUAGCGGGUAUGGAACUCUGUAAGUGUGGUGCUCCAAUUCUAAAGUGUUGCUCUUUGGCUGGAUGGUAUAUCUCUUGAUGUCUCAUUCUAAACAUUGAUACGCUGAUGCUGCAAACAUCAGGAUAAAACUCUGCCAAUAGUUUCUAAACAAUAUUUUCCAGUGAGCAUAACUCAUUAUUUGGUAGUGGUUUGGAAUUUUGAAUUCAGAAGCCAUUUUUAAAACAUUAUUGCAAUGCUUUAUUGCAUUUGUUUUAAAAACAAAGACUAUUCACCAAUUCUCCUUCCUUUCUCUCAUUAAAGUUUUCAGGUGUGAUUUAAGACUUGUUUAUGAAAAUACAUAAGACAGAAAAUAUGCAGACAAACAUAACUGGAGGAUUUUACGGUGAAAACUGUGGCUCUUGGCAGCAAACUUGUUAAAGUGCUGGGAAUGGAUAAUGAACUAAAGGGACAUAGCUGACUUUCACAUUUUAGUUAAGUAUAAUAAUGUGCACAGCAUGUAUAAGCAUGUUUCCGCUCUUGCCAUUUCUGCAACCUCCAUUGGUAACCACUUAUAUUUUGUGCUUGCCAAUUAAUGGAGGACUCCAUCUACUAGUAUUUUAUAAAUAAUAACAAAUGUGCAGAAGCCCGCCCUCUAAAAGCACUAAUUGUUGCAUAUCUCACUCUAUCUGGUGAGUGGUACAACUCCCACAUCAAAAUUUAGGUGGUCAGUGCUACCUAAUUGAUUUACAGUGGUGCCUCGCAAGACGAAAUUAAUCCGUUCCGCGAGUCUCUUCGUCUUGCGGUUUUUUCGUCUUGCGAAGCACGGCUAUUAGUGGCUUAGCAGCUAUUAACGGCUUAGCGGCUUUAAGAAAAAGGAAACAAACUCGCAAGAACUCGCAAGACGUUUCGUCUUGCGAAGCAAGCCCAUAGGGAAAUUCGUCUUGCGGAACGACUCAAAAAACGCAAAACCCUUUCGUCUAGCGAGUUUUUCGUCUUGCGAGGCAUUCGUCUUGCGGGGCACCACUGUACAUCAGUUUACACCACCAGCAAUUACUGAAAUGUAGGGAAAGGAAUGGCCAGUAGUUAACCACAGUCUGUUAGCAGAAAUUAAAAGAUUCAGCUUCCCCAACCUUCUUUGUUUUAACUAAUUCUGAUGCAGGUCAUUAUCUGAUUUUUAUUUGCUACCUAUUGCUCUUUACUGUGGCUUUAAUGCAUGACUUUUGCACAUUGUGAGCCCUCUUAUGAAUCAUUCUGGUUAAGACGCAGUGUUAAAUAUGUCAAAUUAAAUAAUAUUGCCUGGCAUGUUUUAACUGAGAAGCAUUCCUCAGUGUUUCGUUUGUAGCUUCUGUGUCGGAGCUUCAUGUUUCUAACCACUUUCAUUCUUAGUGAGGUAUUCCAGGCUGCUUGGAAUGGCAGGGAGUCGUAUCGUACCAGAUGAUUCUUUCAGCCAAUUAGGGUGACCCAAGUUCCCAGGGAGUCAGCUUAACCGAUUAUACACUCCCAAUAUCUGACAUAUGAAAUUGGGUUCAUUGUAAGGUAGCAAAGAACAGAAAGAGCUCUGUCAAAAGAAUCUGCUGGCAGAGUGUGCCAAGAAAGAAAAGUCUGAAAUAUCCUCAAGUCCCAAAUACUCACUUUCCUUUCUGAAAAGGGGGGGGGGGGGCUUCUGUAUCUUACUCGCAAGUUCUGAGAUCCAGUUCUAAAGAGUGUUGUGACAGUCCAAUAGGUGCAGUUGGAAGAGGAUGCCACUAAGUACAUUCUGGUAUUGAGUUUACAUAAUGAGAAAAUUGGUUCCAUUACCUAUCAGUUUGGUACAUUUGAAAGAUAUACAGUGAUGAGGUGAUAUAUUCAGACUUCAAAAGAAAGAUGUGCUCCAUUUCUAAGAAACAAAGCUGAUGGUAGCACAGUUUGAUUUUGCUUGUUCCCAAGGUGCAUUGCUCCAGGACAAGUUGACCCCCUGUUCAGAGUCUAUGAAGUAGUAUCCUGAAUUUUGCUUGCCAGUGGCCACCUCUGAGCAACUGAAGACUUGUCCAUGUGUAAUCUGGAAGCAUUUCUUCCACUGCAAAUGGCAGGUGUGGAACUCCCAAUCCAGAUAAGGAUUGCAGCAGCAGUAAGAGGUUAAAGCUCCCUGUUCUCCUGCCAAUUCAUACUGAAUCCCUGUGCCUACUAAGUUCCUUUUUUAAAAAGACCAUUAAUGCAAUUGCUAACUGUGUGAAAGGCAUCUUGUACAGCCCUAAUUUUAAUGGCACAUCUAUCUGUACCAGCAUCUAAAUGUUCUCUUUGGGCUUCAAAAUGUGUGUAAUUAAGAAGGCAUUAAUUGUCCUUUAGUUGGUAGUUUAUGUUACGCUACAAUAGCUCUGCCAAAUUGGGGGGAGGCAGGGGUUGACCCCCAAGUAGUUAAUGAUAUAAGAAGAGCCCUGCUGGAUCCAAUCAAAAGCUGAUAUGAUUUAGCAUCUUGUUUCCCACCAUGGCCAACCAGAUAUUGGGAGGAGGUUGGAUAUGUGCACUCCAGCAACUGGUAUACAGAGGUGUGCCACCUCUGAUCCUGGAGGUAGGAUACAGCACCUUUCUCCCCUUCGCACAAUUGACAAAAACUGAUGAGAACUUUGAUGUAGCAGUAUUAUGGGUACAGAAUUUACUUGUACAGACCACUUGCUGUCAUCCUAAACUGUCCAUUCACUUAGCCUUUCCAGUUACAGUAUUUUUCCGUCUAUAAGACACCCCCAUGUAUAAGACGCCCCCUAUUUUGGGGGACUCAGAUUUAAUAAAAUGGGGGGAGAUGUAUCUUGUGUACAGUAUAAGACGCCCCCUAAUUUUUGACAUUUUUUAGGGGGGGAAACCUAGUCUUAUACAUGGAAAAAUAAGUAGGUCUUCUUCAUCUGGUUGCAUAUCUGCUUGUAGUGUUGAAGGGUAACCCUGCUAAGUCAGAGGCACGGAAAUUGCUGAGGAGGGCAGAGCACCUCAAGGACUCUUCCACCUGUCCUCUUGGUGUGCCAUUCCGUGUCUUACACAACCAUUGCUUUCUGCCGCUGUGGCUGGUUGCAUUUAUUCCAGCAUGCUCAUUAAAAAAUAUUUUAAGCUUUUGUGCUGAACCCGUCAGAGAUUUGCCUCCUGGGAUGACAAAAAAAAAAAUCACCUGAUCUAAUGAAGCCUCACCUGCACAAUGUUUAACCCUUUCUGUGUCUUCAAAGGUGAGAACCUGUUUGUUUUUUAAUGCCACAAAUUAAGAUUCCUAACUUCUUGAGAGCUUGGAAACCUGGCAACUUGUCUGCAGUUAGUAGGUCUACCCUGCUCUAAGUACUUGGUUUCUACUACUGCCUACAAGUCAGUCUAGGAAGGAAAUUGUUUGCUCUACUUCUGCUACAUAUCACAUUGAUGUAUUUGAUUUGGACUGAUUCAGCUGAAUUGUUGUACUGUGAAGAAGAGUCUCAUUAUUUCCUUUGUUUUUCUGCUAGAAAUGUGUUAACAUGCACCCAAUGGAUUUGCAGUAUGAACAGUAGUUGUUGUGAACUUUUGUCUUUUCUGUAAGUCGGGUCUAGAAUAAUUGUUUGGAUUUACAGAAAUGGCAUGCUUAAUACUCAGUUUGAAGCAUUUUCCAGCCAUGUGAGAUGUUGUUCUUCCUGGGUGCAUCAUUCGUCUACCUAGUUCAGUAAGCUGUCUUUGGCAGUAGUCAAAUCUGACUGCUCUCAGAGGAAGUGACUAUGUUCUUGCUUUGUGAUCUGAAUGAUGAUAAAGUGUUGGCCUGCAGAGAGGCUUUCUGAACUUUAUGAAAUGCAGAUCCUCUUUGCAUUCUUAGUUAAUAGUUCAGAGUUUCAGUUCUUAAGCUGGUGCAUCUCAGCAGUUUCAGCAAAGAGAAUGGACAAUGGUGGAGGGUAGUUUCCUCAUGGACAACCUUUGUGUGCAUGUUUUGCUGAACAUUAGUGCAGAAGAUGCAAAGUUGGUAGCCUGUUCCUUUAAGGACUUUGUACAAAGCUGGCACCAUGCCCAGCCUCUUCUCUUCUUCUUCCCACUUCAAGGCUGUUCCUUUGGGGCUUUUCCUGAAACAAUACCGCAAGCUACCCUGCCACUCUGCUUGCUCUGCUUGCCCUGCAGACAGUCUCUGAAUCAAGAGCCAGCUCUGCUUUGAGGGACAAUGGAGAGUUGCAGCACAGGCAGAAUGAACUAUGCAGCCUGAGUCUGGAUCUGUGCUGAAGGCGUAGAGAACAAGGCUGUCGUCUGGAAACAGCGAUAUGGAAACUGAACCCCGUAGUCCUCAGAGUAUGUGGGAAGGCGACUCCGAAUUCAGCUUCCAGUUUUGGACCCAGCUUUUUCUGUGGAUGCACUUGGUUGGCCGGUUGGUCACUUACGUCCUGCGUAGCUUUGGGGGGCUAAAGCAAUAACUCCUUCCUGUCCCUUAUGACUUGGUUGUUCUUUGGAGGUCCACUGUGACAUCUAAUAUUUUUAGAGCUCUUUGGCAAGCAGUCCUAUGAGGAAGAGACAUCGCCCUGUAUUUUUUCUUCUUUCCUUUUCCUUACCUCCAUUCUUCUCUGUUCUGGAUGGCCUUGCCUAAGAAAGGCUUCUUAACCUUGAGAGAAGGACAAAGUUUUAGAAGCAAGAUUUCUGGUUUCUCUUCCCAUGUUUAUCCACACACUCUGGACUGUGCAGUAAUCUUUUGCUUCAUUCAGAGAAUAUGAGCUUUUGGGGGCUGCUUAGCAAUAGAAUCCAGAAGUUAUGAGGACUGCCAUUCUGCAAAUGAAUGUUCACCCUUGGAAUGUUGUAUUAGUGCUUAGAAAGAGUGAUUUCUAUCUCCAGAACAUGGAACAUCCAAGGGGAUAUGGGCUUGAAUGAGAUCCUACUUUGAGUUUUGGGGGGCCACACCUUGUCAUAUUCCAUCUACAGCAUCAGAGGUUUGCUUUGGUGUGCUCUAGUUUCAUCAAGUUAUCUGAACAUCUUGGUCCCUUCCAACUCUACAAUUCUAUGAUUCUAUCUCAGUCUCCCUCUCUCCUUCAAUUGUUUCUUCUUUCUGUUAAAGAAUCACCUCGUUUUGGAAGAUAAUAGGGCUCCCCUACCUGACAAUUUCCUUAUUUGCCCUACCUUCAGCCCUGAGGGCAAAAGAGAUUCGGAGAAUUUGUGAGCUAUUUUAAGCCUCAUUGCAUAGUCCUUGCUACUGCUGAUCUGGCAGGCCUUCCUCCCUCUGUAUUAAUCAAAUCUGCCUGCUGUUCACCCUCUGAUCAGCUGUGUAAGUGACCAGGCUCCCUGUAUUUCUUUCUAAACAGAGAGAAUAUGGAAUGAACUGUCUUGGAGCUUUUCUGAGCCUUAGCGUGGGGGCUUGGGAAAACCUGAUAUGGAUGGCUGCCCCAGACUUGUUGCUGAACUGACAUGAAUGCUAUAGUCCAGGGAGGUGGGUUUGAUGGAAGUCGAGAGCAGUCGGCUCAAGCCAAGUGCCUGUGUGAAUCAGUUGGAGGGGAAUGUUAAGAGCUCUGCUGAAUCUGGGACUGUGUCUGUUCUCCAGUUGCUGCCUUUACCCCUCUCUUCCUGUGGCGGGACAGGAAAAGCAGUGCCGCUGCCUCGACCUGUUGGCAAAUAGCAAUGACUGAAGAGAGUGCCCUCCUGGAUCCUGAUUGAGCUGCUUGGCUGUGUUUGCUCCGAGAGCAGAGCUGGGGCAGAGGAAAAGAACCGGUGAUAAAAUAAAAGAGAAACAUGAGCCAUGGAGCUGAGGUGAACUCUCAAAACUCCAGCAAGGACAAAGGGUGUAAGAUGUCGGCGCUACAGAAACUGGAGAGUCUGGCAGGGCGGAUCUUUUACUGGGGGCCACGGAGUGAUGCUGGGGCACCGAACGUUGGGGAGGCAGCCUAUGAAUCUGAGCACACGGCAGCCUGGAAUGAGCAGAGUGAGUUGACAAGGGAGCACGGUUUCCAGGGGUGCCAGAAUCGGUGGGUUCCCCCGAGGCUCUGCUCCAGAACUGCUGCUGUUCUGUGCCUCUUGGUGCAUGCGUAUGCUUAUGGUUAAGUGUGUAACUGGAAUCUGUAAUAGGGCUCUGAUAUUUUUCAGAGAAGCCCACAAGUGGCUAUAGCCUUAGCUCUGACAGCCAUUCUGGCUAUGACUGUUGACUACCUCUUUCCUCAAGCUAAGCUAAAGUUUAGGGUGCUCAACUUUAAUGAGGCCACAGCUGCUUGGUGUGUGGCUUUGAUUUUGGCCUUAGAGAAGCCCCAUCGGUUCUCAAAAGCCCACUGCAACUUCUUACUAUUUGUUAUCAUCUUUACAAGCUCUAACUCUGCAAGUGUCUAUUGCACAGAGUAGAGGUGGGGAGCCUGUAACUCUCCCAAAGUCGUUGGGCUUCUGCUUCUAUCAACCCUGGCCCAAAUAGCCAAUAGGAAGGGAUGAUGUGAGUUGUAGCCUAGUAACAUUGGCGGGGCACAAGUUCCCCAUCCCUGACCUAGAGAAAGGAUAGCUGGAGCGUUCCUGGAUGUUCUCCCACAUUUUGGGGGAAGAAUUGCAACUUUUUGGGAAGUUGUUGGCAAAGGUCAUUAUUAAGAAGCAAAUUCUCUUUGCCUGUGUGUGUUUCAAAACUUUCUUCCCAUUUUGACAGUUUUUCCUCCGGCCUCUCCAACUGAUGUUGUCACUUUAGCUGUUUUGGUUAAAAUGUGUGGUCAGAGUUGUUGACAUAGGGAAUUUCAGUCUGAGGUUGACAGAGUUGUGAGUGAAAGUCAUGGGCUGAUGAUUGUUGCUUUUUCCUCUUUGCUGCCACUACCAGUCAGGAUUGUAGCUUUUGUUGUUGACUUGAUGUGAUGUCAUAUUCUAUUUCUGUCACUGGCUGUAUCUUAAUUCAUGGUGUUGUCUACCUCUAGGGUGAUGGGUUGUAAAUAGAUGGUAGGUCUUCUAUUGUUCUGUCUGGACCACACAUUACUCCUUCAUCUAAGGCAAAAGGGAGUGAAUGCAGUCUUUUCUUGGAUCCUCAAGUAUGUUUAAACAAAACUGUCACAAUGUUUUGGCAAUGCUGCUUAGUCUAAAAUAGAAGCUUGUAGAACAUCUGAUGCCAGAUUCUUCUUUGGCCCCUUUAAUCUUUUGGCAUUGACACCUCCUCCAUGCUGCAUCUGAGUGUGUUGCACAUGAAGGAGAGUGUUCAAAACCACCACCAGCACAUUUUGGAACUAUUUAGCAUAUACAAUACACAUGUAGAUUCUGUUCAACAUUUACAUGAAACUGCUGACAGAGGUCAUUUGUAGAUUUUGGCUGUGGAGUCAUCAGUAUGCAGAUGACAGCCACCUGUCUCUCAUUUUCAUUUGUUCCUGUAAGAUAGUUGAAAGGCUGAAUCGCUGUCUGAUAUCUGUGAUGGACUGGAUAGGGUGCAAUGAGGGGAAACAUAAUUCAGACAGAAGAGGUACUGUUGGUAGUUGGACCAUGUGAUAUGAGAUUGGUUUUGCAGCCUGUUAUGAGUGGAAAGUGUGAAAGUGCAGGUGCUUAGUUUGGGGAUGCUCCUUGAUCUGGGUCCUGUUUCUGCAGGUGGUGAGGGGUGCCUUUUCCCGGUAUCACCAGGUGCAACAGCUACCAUCCUCCCUGACACAGGGGAAUCUUGCCACAGUCAUUCAUCCUUCUCUAGUGACCUUCAGAUGACAGUGCUGUAACUGUUUAUGUGGGGCUGCCUUUCAAAAAUGUUUGGAAACCUCAAUUAGUUGCUGCCAGAAUGCAAGGCACUUUGAAUCUGUAAUGAAUGUAUAUGAAUGCUGAUUCUACAUGAUUUUCACUAGCUGCUGAUUAGUUUUCAUGUUCAGUUGCCUUGAACCCUCUUGUGAGGAACCCCAGGCUUUUGCCAGAGUUCGGCCUGCUCCAGAGAGGGUGCUCACCACACAACACCCUGCCUCUUCUUAGCCAGGCAGAUAAUAAAUCAGAACUCCAGCUAACACUGCACAACUCUCUGGGUUCCUGAAGACCAGAAGGUCACUGCAGGGCUGGUCCCUUUGCAUCAGCCAAUCCACCCAAUCUAACACACAGCAAGGCCAUUACCUGUAAUGCGCAUCUGCCAUCAGCUCUGUCUUCUUUUGGUUUUUUAUUUAUUUCAAGAUCAGAGCACUUGGGAAAUGUGAAGUGCUUCCGAUCUCCUCCGAUGUUUCCAAAAUUGACAAGCCAAUUGGAGCAGCUCAUUUCAACAGUAUAAUGUAAGACAGUAGGGGGUCAUUUUGUUGCUGCCAUUGGCAAGGAUUUCUAAUCCUUAGUUUUUUAAUAAUCUACUAUAAAUCCCUUGGGGAUCUGUUAGUAGAGUAUCUUCAGCCCACCCCUGGCCUAGAGCAUAAAAAUACAGGGUAACGUCAUGAAUGAUUGGUGGCUAUUUAGCUUCCUGCAUAGUUUCAUUUGAAUUAACUAAUUAAGCAACUGCAGUAGGAUUAGAUUUCUCUGGAUCUCUCAGUGAUCCCUGUAUUUCAUGUUUAUUAAAUCCUCAUAAAGAAAGCAUGCUAGUUAAAUCAGGGUGGGUUUUGUCUACCCUGCUAAGCACUGAAAAAUUUGUUUCUGUUUUUCAGAGAUGUCCUUUCAAACAAGGUGUUCUCUAGAUUUGUGUCAUCUUCUCCAGAACUGUUGACUGGAUUUGCUUGCCUACCUUGCCCUGUCCAAAUCCAGGUUUAAAUGUGACUGUCUUUGAGCUUAUAUUAGCUUGGCAACCCUAAAUGCCUAAGCAACAAUAAACAAGUAUGUUACUUGUCAACCACCUGGCAUCCACCCACUGGGGAAGAUGCAUAGAGUGCAUCUGUCAGUGAAAUUUUAGGCCUUAAGCAUCUGUGCCCUUAGAGCUAGGUUGGCUGGCCAAUUUCAUUUAAACAAGGAUCGACUAUGAGUUAUUGGUACUCCUGGCUGAAACGUGGCAGACUUCCUAUGUUGAUCACUCCUGCAAGCUUAGUGUUAGCAGGACCAGUGGCUUCUCCAGGUCUCCUAAAGCCCACCAAAGCCUUCCCAUGCCAGUUAUAUAGAACAGAUGUCAAAGGGACUUGUAAUUUGGGCAACACAUGUUGUCUCUAUUCCCAGGGAUUCCCUUCCCUCAGUAACAGUCAGAUGCAUAGUUAAAACCAGUGCAGACUUGGAAAGGUUGGCAGCUAGGUAGAGCUGUUUAUGAGAAAUUCCUGCAAGAUUUGUGAUGUACGCAUUCAGUGAGAUGAAUUAUGUUCCCAAGUGUAAAUAUGUUCAAGUGGUCUGGUCCUUUGCUUCCUAGGUCUUGGUACUGUUGAUUUAAGAAUAUUGAUUUCUCCCACUGUGCUUUAGGCCCUAGGACAACUUGAAAGAUUAGUUCGCCUCUCUUGAAGACAAGGCAUAAAGCAGCAGCAACCCCACUUCUCCAUGUGGCCUGGUUGAUGCAAGGACUGCAUAUUAUUCUCAUGGCAAUUGUGCAUCUAGUGUUGCAGGAGACAUGUGAUUGGUACAUUCAUUGAAUGGUUAUCUCGUAAAAUCACAGUGCAAGAAGGCAUUGCUGCUUUUUCUCUCCCUCUCCCCGCCCCCUUUCCUUUGUACCUUCCCUAUCUUAUGCUAUGGCAAGUUCACAACACUGUGGAAUAGAAUGCCACUUUGAAGCCUAAGUUGGGCUGGCACCCUCGGCUCUGCAAUAGCUGAUGGGCAAGCGCUAAACAAUAGCUGGUGGGAGGUGCUGUUUGACUCACUGCUUGCCUGCUAAUUUUGGUUCUUGGCCUGAAUCGGCUGCAGUUUCCUAUUGAGCGCAGCCGUGUUAGGGACAUGACUGGCUAUUCAAUCUAUUCCCAGGGAAAUUGAUUAGGGUCACUGUGUUCUGGGCCUCUGGCAAAGCUACUUUGUCCUUCAUCUUCUAGACCACUGGGGCAUUGUGGUUGAAGGGUAGAAAACCAGUGUCUCUCUCCUGUAGGUGGGCCUCUUACAGAACAUGACAGACUGGUAUUAAAGCAACCUGUAGCUGAGAUAAAGGCUUCAGAAUUAAAGAGAAGAUGAGUGCUCAACCUUUUUUCUCUGGGUGCUGUGUUAAAUUAUUCUGACUGCACCUGUACACUCAUAAUUAUUACAUAAUUCUGUUUUGAAGGCACUGAAGAAUUCAGCAGAAAUUGUGCUCGCUCCUUUCUGCUUUGAUACUUUGUGUUCUUGCAAUAUGUCUCAAGGUACCUCCUCCAGUAUCUAAAAUGUCUUCAUUCUGCACAUAUAACUUAGUGGAAGAUGUUCCCAAUGAGCUUCUUGCCUUAAUUUUGUAAUUUUGAUGCUUUGCUUUAGGGUCUUAUAAGCACAGCAAUAGAGGGGCAGUCUGUUGCCAUCCACUUUUGUCACCUACUUCCCAAAGCAACUUCCCUGGACUGCAUUUGCUACUGUCAGUAAUUUUUGCCUGCCUAGUUGAGGACUUGAGCACUUAACAUUGCCUGUCUUUGAACCUCAUCUUUCAGGUAGUAUUGCAAAAGGGCAAAUUACAAACUCUUUGAUCAUCGUACCACCUACCAACAAAACUUUUGUCUUUUUUGAAUUGGGCUACAUUUUAUUGGUCCGUCGGGCAGCUGCUCACAACAUCUACUACUUCACUGGAAUAGAUUUAAAAGGAGAAAAAUAACUAGGUGUUUUCAGCAUUUUGAUGGCACCUGACUCCAAAUUCCUGGAUGAUUUUCCUCAGCUAUGCCAUUUAGAUGUUAAACAGCACGAGAAACAAGAAGGAUCCUCCAACAUCUUCUGGAAUCAGCCAGUCAAGUGGAAAAAGAACUAGAAGAGAGUGGUAUCUCUUAUCACAUGUCCGAUAACAGAUCUAGAAGUAUACCAAGAGAGAUGGUAUGAAGAGCCAGUGAGAUGUCCAGGAGUAUCAGUGGUUCUUGUUUUUAACCUGUAAGCCACCUUGAGUCCUGUCAGGAAAAAGGGUGGGAUAUAAUUAAGUAUAUUACUAUAAAAAUAUAUCAUCAAAGCUACCCCACACCUCCCUCCUCUCUCACACACAAAUUCUUUAUGGUGACCAAAGCAGCAUUGGUAGCAAAACUUGGCCAGAAGAAAGAUUGAUUAGCUAGAUUUGAGAAGCCACCACCCUCUCAAACCCCUUGCCUCUCCUCCUCAGUCCACACAUCUCACCAGCCCUGCUUCACGCCUUCCUCAAGUGCUUUUGCUGGCUGGAAUGCAUCCUUGAACUGUGAUGAUCCCACUUCCUCGUUGGGAUGGAGCGAUGUGUACUUUUGCAUGGUCAGCUUCUGCAUGAUGUGGCUUCUGCAUGGUCAGAAUGCAUCCUACUAUACAAAGGUAGUAAGGGCUGCAUCUGUCGCUCCACCUACUUAUUGCUUCUGGUCCUGCUUCCUCUCUGGAAUACAGAUCUUGGAAAGCUGCUCAGGAGGGAACAAGACCCAGGUUCAAGUCACUGCUCAACCAUGAAGCUCAUUGGGUUGUCCUGAGACAGUAGCUCUUCCUGCUUAACUUACCUUACAGGGUACUUAGGAGGAUAAAAGCUGAGGGAGCAGGGAGAACCAUAUAUGCUACUCCCUGGCCUUCCUUGAAAAAUGGAGUAUAAUUUAAAAGCAACUGUAUGGCAGGAAUCUUUCAGCCAUAAAGGAAGGAAUAUUAUAGCGGGACUGGGUGGGAGGUAGGAAUGGAAUGGUCACUUAUAACACUGCACCUAUCCAGUGGCAGGUGCUGGUAGCAUUUGCUCAGCCCCAUUGCACACAGUAGUAAUAGCACCAAAGACUCCUACGCACAGGAAGAAUUGCUUUUCCCAGGCAUAAAUAGUAAGUGCCAUCACUGGCAAAGUGCAGUAACUCUUGGAACAGAAGCGCAGCUUCUGAGAAAGGCAUCUCAACUGCACAUGACAUGAGUUGCAACUGCAUACUCGUUGCAUAAAAAAAAAAAUUGAAGGGCCCUAACAAGAGACUUGUGCUCUAUGGGCUCUAUUUUUUUUUUUUUUAAAUUAGCUGCAUACAAGCAGAUGAUCAUAGCCAGUGCUAAAGCAGUGAAUGUACUUUGUGGAGACUCUGCCCCCUGCCACUGCCCACAAGCACAGAAUGGGAUCUGUGUGCAUAGAACGCCAACUGGUGACUAUUCUGGAAGUGAGCCAGGGACUGGCAGCUUGAAUGCCAGUGUUGAAUGGUGUCAUUGUUUCUUAUUGAUACACCUGCCCAAGAGCCAUAGAUUUUGGAAAUGCAAGAGAAUGAAAUUCGCGAGGAAAAAACAGUGUCCAAUCUUAAGUGAGAAAGGGAGCAGUAUUAUGAUAGAAAGGGUUUGGUGGCUGCUGAGAGGAGAGAAUCAAGACAGCGAGAGCCACAGCAAAACUCCAGAUUCCUCCACUGAGCAUGUAAGCUUUCACGUUGGCUGCUCCCAGGACUGGACUGCACUAGCAAAAAAAUUCCAUAUCAAGUAGAAGUACAAAAGCACUUUUGCCAUAUUUUAAAUGGAAUACAUAAACAGGGUUCCUACUUGUUCUCAACAAACUUCUCCUUCAGAAAGUUGAGGAAACAAUGAGGGACAUGCUAUUUUUAGAUCAGAAUCUGACUAAUAGGAAGGAAAUGUUUGAGUCUGUGAAAACAGUUGGCUAUGUAAAAGAAAGUAACUAUGAACUGCUGAAGUCCAUGAUCCUGAAAUAGGAAGAGGAAGGGCAGCAGAAUAGCAAUGAAUGUUUAACAGCUGAAAGCUUCAAAAAGAGCAUUAGCUUUUUGAAAAGUGUUGGCUGGAAAAAUGUUUUGAAAGGAGAAUCUAUGAUAGCAAUCAAAGCCUGAUGUUCUUUCCUAAUAUGAUCAGGGCAGGAAAUGGGACCUCCAAAACAAAGUUGAAAGGAAGUCAACCUACCUUAAUAUCUGCCUCUGACUGAUGGUGCAAAUGGGGACAUCUUGCAUUGCUUCUACUGUCUGACCCUUAGAGAAAGGGAGUUCUGUUAUGAGAUAUGCAGCUGCCUGGAACACCUGUGUUCUCCAUGAUUGCAAGUCAUCAUUUGGUGUGGCAUUCUUGGGGUCUUCUGGGAAUCUCUUUUGUGCCACCCCUAGGCAUUUUGCUGCCUCAAGUAGAGCCCGAAUUAUGUCUACUAGGGUCAGCAUUUUAAAAUGCCUUUGCCACCUAUUCAGGCACAGAUUCUUGCCUUCAUCCAUCUCUUCAUCACUGCCCCUUUGGUGCCACAUACAGCAGAACUCUACCUUGUUACAUGGUAGGCAUGGUCAUGAUUCCCCCCCCCCCUUUUUUUGGGAGAUCAUAAAAUCUAAAAAAGAUGGCAUGUAGGGCUCAAACAAUUUCAGACCAAAUAGAUUUAAAAAAUAUGUAACUGUGCCUGCAGCACUAAAGGAAACCAUUACUCACCUUGGAACCUGUUGGUAAUUGGCCUUCUAGGGUAGUCUGAUCCAUCAAGAAGUAUACCAUGCUGUUUUGCCUCCAACUAUAGUCCUUUGCACUACUUUACAGGUGAAACAUUUCCAUGUGCGUCUGAAGGUUGGAAGGAUGUUUGCCAUGUCCGAAAGUGGGGUAGAAAUAUAUUUAAAAAAUAAAAAAAUUGUCCAGUAGCACCUUAGAGACCAACUAAGUUUGUUCUUGGUAUGAGCUUUCAUGUGCAUGCAGACUUCUUCAGAUACCUUGUGAGGUUGAUGGAUUUGCAUUUCAUGCGGCUUAAUGUGGUGCCUUCCAUGGUUCUAGAUUCAGGUAAGUGUUGGUCUGAUGCAGUAGAAAUAUAUAAAUUUAAAAUUGUCCAGUUGGGUAGUCACCUUCCCAUUGAACAGACUUCAGUAAGAAGUGCUCCUGAAAUGAAGAAAACCAAGGACUGACGCCAUCAGUUGUUUGACGGUAUCUCCCUCCCUUCCAGUAUUCUCGGAGCCUGCUGACCAUCAUUCCUUCAGACACAUUCAGAACCUGGCACUUUCAGACAGAGCCUCCCAUAUGCUGCCAGAAACCAUUGGAUGCUCUUCACAGGGGCUAUUACAAAAUUCUGAGGCAGACUCAGCCAGCUGAUGCCCGAAAAGCAAAAGCUGGGGGGGGGGGGUUUGCUUUUGAUCCAUUCUUGCUUAUGAGACGCUCUGAGAAGGUUGGGCUGAUCUUUGAGCAUCCUCUGUAUGGAGGUUAUCUUUAGCUCAGCUACCGAGCAGUCAUUCCUUCUGAAAUCACUGUACUGCUUUUCUCUUGAGAAAUUAGUCCAGCUCUGACUUGAGGGAGCAAUGUGAAGCCUUGGGCCUUCUGGCAUUUCAUUGUACUUGUGCUGGAUAGGACUCCUUUUAUCCCCUCAAAUAUAUACAUGUGUGUGUCUAUGUUGUCGAUUUCAUUCUACUUCGUAUUUCCAUGUGAGUCCUGCUACUUAUCUCUAGCUACUUCUGUUGGGCCACCACCUCGAGAGAGUCCUGUGCUGGAUAGCUGCAUAUGCUUAAUCUUCUAGUAAAUUGGCAAUUGCGGUGUAGCUGUCAUGCCUUAUUAUCUCACUGGUCAUCACCUGCAGGCCAUGUAAACAAGCCACUCUCCUCUCAUCCCUUGGUAUUUUCUUUUGGAUUAGGAACUGCUCUUGUAUAGGUUACUUUAAGCCUGUGUUAACCUGUUUCUGUUAAUGAAAAGAGACACAGGGCUAUCUGUUCUUGGCAAGCAUGUGCUUGAACUUGCUUUCUGUUCUGGUGUUUGUUUGUUUUUAGGAUCUGCUCUGGGGUGGCUGGGUUAAGAGGCGAUUCCUUUUCAAUCUUUGGGGCUUCCUCUCUUUUUCAGCAGCCGCAUGGCACUUCACUCACACACAUCAAAGUAAAAACCUAACGUAAUGAGGGUGAGUGAAGCAGGAGCUCAAGGUGGAACUGAGAUCACUAAUGGCAGAAUGAAAAUCUUACGGCUGGGCUGAUAAAAUGUUUUCAUUCCGAGGGAACAAAAGAAAGGGUUUCUCUCGGCACCAGCUGGAGACCUGGGCUUUUACUUUCUCUGCUUCCUUGCCCCUCUUGAGGAAUAGAAAAGAGAUGUCUAGGCACCACUUGAAAACAAGCAAAAACACAAGUUGCCUAAUAAUGCAGGCUGGUCUUGGCUUGGGUCAGUUUGCAGGGCAUGGGGGGAGGAUCUACGGCAGCCUUUUGUGAUAGGCUUGUGAAUGAGCUGCCUUUGGUGACUGGCAGUAUCUUUCUCGCCACCUCCUCCUCUCUUUCUCUUUGCAUUGCCAUCAUGUGAUCCCCUGCCCCCCUUCUCCCCCCCCCCCAGCAUUGUUUCGUAACCAGCUGUCCCACUUACAGAACAGUUGUUUCUGGACUUCGGGGAAGUGUUACACUGGGGGGGAAAUGGUUUGCACAGCAUCUGCGAUGACUCUCUCGACCUCAUCUCUAGGCAGAGGCCACGUUGGCAUGGUCUAGUUCAAGCCUCGCUGCUCCACUUGGAAUCUCAGGAGCUCCGUGUAUUGUGGAUCUUCAAGGCGGAGCCUGCUGUGUCUGAAUAAGCAGCAGGUGUUCCAGAGGAGCCUUUCCAGGUGCUAUGGUAGAUCACUCCUGCUGGCUAUAACGGUGGCCUACACUGAUGCAGUCGAAGGAAAGGGAGAGAAGGCGAAACAGGCGUGCCCUGGAGCUGCGCUCAGCCCUUUGCUGGCUGGGGACUCUCUUUCGCUUCCAGGAGAAGUUGAGCUCCAGGCGGGGGCCGUGUUUGCUUUUGCCACCGGGGGCAAAGUCCCCCAUGAGCCGUCGGGUCAGCCCUUCCCCGCCACCCGUUUUGACCUUUUAACUGUAUGGUUGCAGCUGCGGAAACAGCCGGGUCACCAGGUGGACCCUUGGGGUUGAGGGCCACCGAAUGGAUGGUAAGGAACCACGGGGUCCUGGGUGGCUGAACGGACUGCUGUCUGCUUUCUCCCUCGCUCCCUGUGUUUAUUAGACAGCUGCUUCUUUCAAGGAAUGUAUGGUGAGAAAAGGGCUCUAAAGACAAAGACACACAUGGAUCUAUCUGUGACGCUGAAUGUGGCACAGUAAAUUUUUGAGCAGAUGGGUUUGUACUCACAUGCAGCCCCUACAACAAAUCAGCUCUGACUGUCAUAGACAUAUGUAGAAACUAUUUAAAUGGUUAGCCUUGGGGGAGUUAUUCCUGAUGAAUUAUGUUUCCACUAACUCCAGAAUUUAUCCCCUUUUAUUUCCAGUUAAAGAACCUUGAGCAUUGAACAAAAGAUGCUCAGAGCUGCUGUUUUCUCUCUAAGGGUACCAUUUUUGCUUUAUGAAUUUGCAGCACGUCGUAGUUUGAGCUGAGCUUUCUUGCUGCUAUUACCAUCCUAAUUGCUGUUUUAAAUGCUUAUAUGAAGGAAGAAUCUGCCAGUUUAUUCUAAGUAGUAGAUUCAAAGCCUCAAAAAUCAAAGGUGUUGGCAUCAUAAAGAGUAAGGAGGGUCAAUUAGGAGAAAUCUAAGGAUCAACAUGCUCAAGAAUGUCUCCUUGCUGACAAGCCAUCUAAAGCACAUUCUGAUAACUUUCACCCAGUCCAUUGGGCAUGAUUGUAUUUAAAUAAAAUGUCUAGCCCUCAAGGUUGUGAUGAAGUAUCAGAAAUAGCUAUUUAGAUUAUGCUAAACACUAAGGAUAUGGAUGAGUCUUCUGCUGUCAUGAAGCAGAUUUUCUUGUUUCCUGGAAUUCUAACAUUUUAUCAGUAUUCCAAACUCAUGGGAAUGGCAAGGGUGAAGAAGGCUCAUCAUUUGUGGGGUAGGAGGAAAAGGUUAAACUUCCCUCUAUCUUUUUUUUUAACUGACUGGCUUCCUAAUGGUGCAUUUAAGUGUUACAUCUAAUUUGGCUUUCAGUGACAAAUGGCAGGUGAAAACAUUUUCCCCUGGAAACCUAUGCCUGCUCACUUUGACCACUGGUCUUCUCUAGAGGCCUUUCUUUCUCCCCCUAUUAAUAUCUGUUGUUACACCUUCUGACCUGGUCACUACAGUCUCAGUUAUAGGGUGAGGGGCAGCCUAUUGGUGAAUAAACUGCACCAUGCUUUUUCUCAGAAACACUGUCCUGUCACUUAUUAGGACCAUGUUCACAGAUGUCAUGGCUGAGCUGAGAUGUCAUGAGACUUCCGGUUUCAGCCCCCAAUAAAAAAUAGAGUCAUUGUGAUGUAGUGUUACUGUAUUGAACUUUGACUGGGCAGACCCUGGGUUCUAAUCCCCACUCAGCUAUGAAACCCACUGGGUGCCCUUGGAUCAGUGACUCUUGGCCUAAUCUGCUCACAACUUAUGUUAGUAUAAUUGGAGGAAGGGGGAUAAUAGAAUUGCGUAUGGUGCCCUGAGCUCCUUGGAAGAAGAGCGAGAUAUAAAUGUAAUAAGAAAUAAAAAAAUAAAUAUUUCAUAUCCUCAGGAGUAUCACAACCAAAAUGAAAUUUGCAUAAAUCUGUCCCAUGGUUGAUUCCAAUUGCAGGCAUUGGUUUACUGGUCAUAGGAUAUUUCUUAGAAGGGUUGAGGGGGUGAGGUUAUAGAACCAGAUUACCUGUACUUGGCCUAGAAAUUAAGGGCACAUGCACACCAUACAUCCCAACACAUAUUUAAAGCGCAUGACUUUCCCGAAAGAAUCCUGGGAACUCUGUUUCUCCCCCCCCCCCCCCAGUACCUUCAACUACAUAUUCCAGGAUUCCUCGGAGGAAGUUAUGUGCUUUAACUGUGUGUUGGUUGUUCUUCAAGGGUAUGGCAUGGAUCUGCCCUAAAUCUGCUAGUCUGUAUCCCAUCCUUUUUCUGACUUGUUUUCUAUACUAGAGAGAUUACAAUGGCGUCUGUUCCUGUAUAGCCACUGAAAAAGACAGGAGAAUGCAAGGCAGUGUAUUGAUAACAUCUGGCUGGUCUGUGCUUGCCUAUGGCCAAGGCUCUUAGGAUGUUUAAGAUCCCUCUGAGAUAACAUACAAGUUACGCACCAAAGCCAACACUUGCCCCUCAAGAGACUUGUUAGCCAAAUGAUGAUGCUUUUUCAUUGUUGUUUUGGAAACCUUGUGAGGAGGGAGGCCCCUUGUGUUGGAGAAUAUAUUGGUUUCCGUCUCCAGUUGCUAGCAGUGCAGGAGCGAGAUUAAAUUCUAAUUUCAUAUCUAAAUUAAUGCUGAAAAGACCCAGAGUGAUAAAGUGGUGAAACAAAACCAGUAAAACAUUAAAUGAGGAACAUUGAGGUGGCAAUGUUCAGAUGCAGCAGAUCAGUACAAAUAAGAAUCCCACGCAGACUGCUUCCCAACAGUCCUGCAAAAAUAUGUUUUCCUUGCAUUUCUAAAAUGUAACCGUGAAAAUCAUUGCCACACUUCUUCUGGGAACUCAUUCCAAACCUGCUGGAAAGGUCCUACCCCUUCCAAUUGAAGUUUAACUUCUGGAAGAUGGGGAUUUUUAUCUGGGCCCAACCAGAAGUUCCUAAUGGGAGGCUAGUGUAUGAGUGUCAGGAACACAGGAAGCUACCUUCCACCAAAGCAGACAAUUGGUCAAUCUAAUUUAGGGAUGGAGUCCCUCUGGCCCUCCAGAUGUUGGACUCCAUCUUCCAUCAGUCCCAGCUGGCAUGACCAAUGACCAGGGAUGAUGAGAGUUGUAGCCCAACAACAUGGAUGGCCACAGGUUCCCAUCUCUAGUCUAUACUGACUGGGAGCACCUUUCCAGGAUUUCAGACAGGUCUUUCUCAACCUACUUGGAGAUACUAGAGAUUGAGCCUGGAGCCUUCUGCAUGUAAAGCAGGGGUGGGGAACCUGGGGCCCUCCAGCUGUUCUUGGACUUUUGACUCGCAUCAGCCCCAGCCAGCAUGGCCAAUGGUAAGGGACAAUGGGAGCUGGAGGUGAGCAAUAUCUGGAGGCCCAGAGGUUUCUCAGUCGCAUGUGCCCUCUUGCUAUACAGGUGUCCCGUCCCCCCCUUAGGCAGGGAUUAUGUUUCAGGGCCCACAGACAUAAGCAAAAAUCGUGUAAGUGGGGAGCACCCUCUAAAAAGCCUCUGAACGCCUGCUUUCCCCUGCUCUCCAGCUCUCUCUACAAUGCAGACUGAAAUAUCAGCUCUGGGGCUGGUUGGAGGCUGGAGGACACGCAGGCAAGUAGUGGUGGUGGUGGCGGCUGCAGUACCCCGCCCAUCAGCUGUUAGGGAGGGAGGCUGUGUGCUCGGGUCUCUUUGGGGCUUCCUCCGCCGUCACUGAUGUCUUUUUCAGGCUCUGGGGAGGGUCUCCUCACAAGCAACAAGGACUGUUCAGCUCUCUCCCACUAUUCCCUGCUUUGAAUUUUUUUAUUUAUUUCCUGGCACUGCAUGUAUAUGCAUUUGUGCACACGUUUAUUGCCUGUAGUCUUUCCCCCUUGUAUGGCCAGAAUGCCUAGUAACCUACAGUUACUUCAGCUUCCCUUCUGAUAGGGAGUGCAGUUCAUCUCCUUGAGCAGCCUGGACCUUGUUUUUACUCCAUGCAGAAGAUACCAUCUGCCUGGGAAUGCAAAUGGUGCCAUACCAACAAUUAUUUGAAGCAUGUGUGGUUCCACAAAAUGCGUUCCGUAAAUAACACUGGGGCUUUUAUUCCCUAGUGCAGAUUUUCUUUUGUAUUCCCUUCCAUUUGUUUAUUCUUAAGGCGUUUAUAUGCAGCUUAAUCAUAAGCAUUUCCACCAAGUAUUUUGUGAGAGGACUGCGACCUAAGCUGCAGAGCAGCUAAAAUAGCAUUUGGAGGUGGCCUUCUCCAUAGGAAGCACAAAAUAAGUUUUUUUUUUAAAAAAAAUACAGCACGUCCAUCAUACGAUGCUCUAAUUUGCCAUGCUCAUGAAAAUCAUAUGCAAAUUGUAUUUCAUGUGGAUUAGCACUGAACUUUCAGCUCCUGCAGCUUUUCUCGAGGUGCCCCUCUGUCGAAGAAGGUGCUCCACCUUGGCUGUUGCUUUGCUGAUCUCCAAAGUGCAGAGAGAAAAGAGGUGAAUUUGUGUGUCUGGUGAGAGCAGCUUCUGCGUGGUGAAUAAGCCUGAUGGGAAAACUCUUUGAGGACGAAAGCGUGCAUGGUGGAGAUCGGCGCUGUUAAAGAGAGUGCCUGCCUAUGUUGCUUGAGUGCCCUGUGCUCAGUUUAGCUGCCAGCAAUGCAGCCUAGUAGUUGUGUUUUGGAUACAGUGGGAGAAGAAGGAGUAAUCUUUGAAAGAUUACUAGGGCUGCAUCUCUAUUAGUCCCCUAUGCUCUGGUGUUUAUCUUGGCACAGGUCAGUCUGUGAGGCUCUUGUGCAAUUGGACAUGGUCGAUUAGUUCCAUAAGCUGGAUUCAUGGAGUCUGACCAAGCCAAUGUGAAUAGAAAAUGCCUUCAUCGGGUUCACUGUUUAAGGGGUGCUCUCAGCUCAAAUGGUGUAAUGGAGAGUUAUUUCUGUGGCAAGAGAUGCUUUUAACACCUGGGGCUUUGUCGUAAUGAGGCAAAUGGUGUGUUUCUGCUCUUUCCCCCUUGUUGCUUCUAUUCAGCCAACCAAUUUCUUGUUCGGUUGUCAUCUGCAAUUCUGGCUGCAGCAGUGGUUGAAGAUGUGUGGGGAGGGGAGUAUAAUUAGGAAGGGAAAUGGCUGGAGAAUCCAACCCCCUUGGGCCAACCCAGUCUUGUAUACAGUAUACUGUCUCUCACAGCAGUUAGCGUAAGAAACCUAUUACAAGAAAGGUAGAAGAGCCCUCUAGUGGUCAUAGAAAGGAUGUUUUCACACAUAUAUUGCGUAUCUUAAUCUACAACAGAAAUUUUCUGAAGCCCUAAAGCUGGGCUGGGGAGCCUGUGUCCCCCAGAAGUUGCUGGACUAUAACUCCCAUAAUCCCAGACCAUUAACCAUAUUGGCUGAGGCUUAUGAAUGGCCCACUUUAACUGAUUCUGCAGCCCCUCCGUAUGCACUCCAGAUCUCAUGAAGGGAACCCUCUUAAAGGAAGCAAGGGGCACCCAAAAAUAAAGUAAUGAUUUCUGCAUACUCAGAGGACUCUCUGGGAGACAUGCAGAAGUAUGUAAGUUUGUGAGCUGAAAGAGAGAACAACUUUUUGAAAAGAGAAAAAAAGCAUUGUGGGCAUUUUAAGACCUUUGGAAUGUCAGUGACAUACAGAAAAAUAGACUAUUUACUGGUGCAGUUCAUCUCUGUCUGAAGAGGGAAAUUCUAGGUUCAUGUUGCACCCCAAAAGUAAGAGGUGCUGUCUUUUUGCUGCUAGCCUCUUCUGGGAGGGGGUUGGGAGCCAGGAUGGGGUCCAUGCUGCUGUUGCUGUCCAUUUAUAGCAAUGUUAAAAUCCUGGGUUUCCUUCAUUGUUUUAUGUGAGCAGCUCUUAGUUCUGCCCUGGAGGAUGGAAAAAGUGGGUCAGAUUGGAAGUUGGGCAUGCUGUGUUAGUCUAACAAUUAUGUCUAUGGCUGCAGGCUGUUGAGCCAUAGAAUGAUGGUGUCAGUUAAAAGUGGCAAACAGAGGGGGAGGUUGGGGGAUGCAUGCCAUGAGGCUAAAAUAUUUUCACCCUAUAUAUUCCUCUAUUUUGGUAAUUAAAAAAAAAAAAAGGUGCUCGUACUCAUGUCUUGAUAAAAGUGCUGUGGGUACCAGCACCAAAUGGCUGCCUUGGCAGCAAAAGGUGCCUGCACUCCAUAUUGGUGAGUGCUGUCCUCCCAGAAGCAAUAUAUACACACAUGCAUACAUAGAUCUCAAUAAAACGCUUGGAUUCAGGACUGGCAACCAGCCCUGAACCCUGGGCAAGUUAGCAUUUUAUAGCAGGCUCAGGGAAUGUUUAUAACAUGUGGGAAAGCAAAAAUAUGUGAAUCUUGAAUAGUAUUGCUGGCCUCCUGUUUCAGGCUAUGUGGAACCCUGAACAUUUAGAAUUAUUUUUUCUGGAUGCCCAAGUAGCUGAAUUAAAUCCAAAGGCGUGCCAGAUACAUUAAAAUUGAGAAAAGGUGAAGCCCAUUCCUUUGUUUUUCAGAUCUAGCAAAAAGAUUGUAAAAUGCUGACCUACAGCUCCCAUCAUUCUUGACUGUUCCUGACCAUUCUGGCUCAGGCUGAUGGGAAUUGGAGCCUAGUGACACCUGGAGGGCCACAAAACUUAGCAGAAUGCUGCUGCCUUUUGCAAACCUGCUUCAAAGCAUUCUGGUCAGUGAGAGUGCUUCAGAAAGGAAAGCUGAAUCUGCUCUUCCCCAGCCUUCUCAACUCAGGCUUUGGGUACCAUGGCCACAGAAUACAGCUCUUCGUGUUGGGUCUGUAAUAGAGGGGGAGGGAACAGCUGUCUUUGGAAAGGGCCAUAGCUCAGUGGCAGAGCAUAUACUUCUGUGUGCAUUGAAGGUCCCAAAUUCAAUUGCUUGUACCGCUAGCAAGGUUGAAAAAGUGUCUCACCUGCCACCCUGUGGAGUUGCUGGCAGUCAAGUGUUGCAGGCAGUGCUGAGCAAGAUGGGCCAGCGGGCUGAUUUUGGCACAAGACAGCUUCUACUACUUAGAAAACAUUUAUUAGAUGUGCGUUCCAGCACAGAAGGCCUCCGCUGCACGGAGUUCAAAUAAUGGUUUAAAGCAAAUCUAUCAAAUAAGCCGCUAGACGAAAUUUCAUGAAAUGAUAGGGGCCAUUAGUGUGGGAGAUGAAGAAAAUGUGGGUAGAGCUUGUUGGGUUAAAAAUAGGGCUAGCUGAACAUGCCCAUGCCUGCCUUGUACUGUAGGGGAGUGCUCAGACUCCCAAUAACUUUUUGUUUCUUAAAAAAAGAAAUCUACAAAAUGGUGUGAGCAUUUCUUCAAAGGCACUCUUCAAGCUGGAUGAUUCAGAAGCACUGCAGAAUGGCAGGUGAGCUUCAGAGUGAGUGAGCGCCUCAUGUUCCACAUUGGGACACACAAACUCCUGCACAGACACUGAUGGGAUCUAAAUGAGCUGUCACUACUGCCAGCGAGGUCUUGGGGUCAUGGUAGAAAGCGCAGUGACGUCAUCUCAGUGUGCUGGCACAGUGGAGGAAAAGCAAAUCUGAUACUGGGAAUUACUAUAAAAAGGGGCUGAAAAUGAAAUGGCAAGUACGCCAGGAUGAGACUCUGGUAUGGCUGUGCUUGGAAUGCCAAUGGAGUUCUAGUGGCCUGGUUUUGAAAAAGAGAUCACAGAAGGGGAGGAAAGUAAAGAAAUGGGUGGCUAAAGAUAUUCAGGUGGAUGGGACUUCCUUCGAAGAGAAGUUUAGGCCGCACACUUAUUUAGUUCACAAACUCAGGAAUGGUGUGAAAGAGACCAAAAUAUUGGAGUUUGAAGUUCUCUAAUACUUUGACAGCAAGUUCAGGACAAAUUAAAGCAAGCACUGUUUUCAACUUAUGGAAUUCAUCCCACAGUUUGGAAGGCCACUAACACUGUCAUUGUCACUGUCAACUGGAAUAGGUUUAGCUCCCAUAGAUGGGUCUAUCAAUGGCUGUAGGUCAUGGUUUGCAGAUGCACUAUAUCUUUCCUUACCAGAGGCAGCGAACAGACAGAGGAUGAUUAUUGAAAUCAUGUCCUAGUUAUCAAUUUUCCAGGGGUAUGUGGUUGGUCCUGGUUAGAGAGCAUAUACUAUACUUGAUGAACCUAGAAUUCUGAUCCUGCAAGAUUAUUGUUGCCAACAUCCAACAAGAGGAAAUUACUUGCACUUUCACACUUGUAUUACGUGUUUCCAAGGAACUCAAGGUAACGUAUGUGGGAUUAUCAGUUUUUUCCUCCCAGCAGCCUUGUGAAUUAAGUUAUGUUGCUUGUGUGAUUUCCCCCGCCCCGCCCCACCCCGCAAAAAGACCCCUCCAAAACCAUUGAGCUUCAUGGUUCAAAUUCAGUUAUCUAGCCACUACACCACAAUGACUCUUACAGUGCCAUUUGAAAGCUGGGAGAACAGGAGAUUAGCACAUCACAAUUAUAGCCUUGAGCAGGGGUCAGCAGGGGGCUGGUCCACUGUCCCUCAGACCUUGUGGGGGGCUGGACUAUAUUUUUGGGGGGGGGAAAUGAAUGAAUUCCUAUGCCCCACAAAUAACCCAGAGAUGCAUUUUAAAUAAAAGGACACAUUCUACUCAUGUAAAAACACGCUGAUUCCUGGACCGUCCAUGGGCCGGAUUGAGAAGGCGAUUGGGCCGGAUCCGGCCUCCGGGCCUUAGUUUGCCUACGCAUGGCCCUUGAGGCCCUUGAGGAAUGAUGCAAGUUCACUGGGCAAGGAAUUGUACAGCAGUCAGUAAUGAUGAGACAUGUGGUCCAACACCAUCUGGUAACCCAAGAAUGAGAGAGGUUGUCUUAAGGAAAUUUUUUCCUGUUCCUGGUGGCCUAUCUAAAAUUUUAGCCAAAGUGGUUUUUUAAACCACAGUUUCUCUUAUUUGAAAUAUACAUAUUGAUGAGACAGUAUUGCAUCUUUCUCUGAUUUGGCAUGUAAAUGCACAUGUUUGGAUUGCAAUGCAAUGUCUUGAGUUUUGUGUGCCAUAACUUGGAAGCCCAUAUUGCUAGGGGAUAUCAGCUUCAUUAUGGAGCCAGGCGAAUGUUCAGGGCUCACUUUCAGGCAAAAUAAACUCCCAGCCCCUAAACCACACUCUGAACCUAACACUAAACCAAGGUUUAUUAAACUAUGGUGUAUGAAACCACGGCUUAGUGUUUUGUGCAAAGCCUGCCUAGUGGCUUGACUAUGGUUUGUUUACUGCUAACAAACCAUGAUCUGAAGCUGUGGUUCGUUGCUGGUUUAUGACCCUUAGUUUGUUGUAAUUAAGUUUUGCAACUCUCACCAAGCCAAACACCCUUCCUUAACCAUGGUUUGUUUGGCCUCCCCACCCCAGAUGCUCACUGAACUACAAAGGCAUGAGUUGAGAGCAGCUGAAAAUUGAACCAAACUUUGGAGAAAAACAAGCCAUGGUUUGCUUGCUCAUCUGUGAGACAACUCAUGGCUUGUUUUAACAAACCGUGGUUUAGUGUUCUGUGUGAACCAGGCCUCUGUCUGGAGAACAGAGCAGCCAUCAAGAAGGCAGAAUUGUUCCCUCCCUUUGCCUAGACCUCAAGACAGGGUUGAUGGUUUAGAGUGCAGUUGGAGGCUCUUGGGCAUGAUGCAGGAGCGACUGACGGCCUGAGGUUAGAUGAGAUCAUAGUGCUCAGCCUGGCCUUAAGGCCUGUGGUGCUCUGUCGCUGUCGGGGGUCCCUCAUGGCUUAUGGAAGAGGUCAGUGUUCUGGAGAUGGGGAGGGGUGAUUGCUGCCCCUUUUUGGAGGGGGGCCCAUGGAGCUAAAAUAUAAUGCUGAGAUGGCCCUAGGAAGGGGGGAAGAGCUGCCAGAAUUUUCUUGCGUGGCAAAAGAAAUCUCCUUGAGGAAUGGGGAGGGGGCUGGGAUCUGUGCAGGAAGGUGUAAGCUGGUGGCGCUCUGUAAGUAAUGUGGAUAAAGCAGGAGACAAAGGGAAAGUAGGUCAGACAGGCUGAGCUGCAGCUCCACGUCUGUUUGUGUGCGUGUCUCGGGGAAAUCCAGCCGCUCUGCUGCAGCAUGAAGGAAUUGGGUGGGAGGAUUGCUGUGAAGGUUUGGAGUGGGAGGAUGCUAUGAAAGCAUCCCCAGACUGCGCCUGGCCAUGUUCCCUUUGUGUCAGGUACCUCUCCUGUAGGAAAUAAGAGGCUGGUGCAAAGCAACCUUAUUUCAGGGGCUCCUCCAUUUUACGGUCUUCUGAUCUCAUGCCAGGAGAAGCUGCAUCUCCAUGAUGGGAGGGGGGAACUGAAAAUGAGCUUUUUCUGGUGAAUGCAGGGGCAGACUUCACAUUCUGAACUGGGAGCCAGGAUCCCUGGAAUCUGUAGUCAGGCUCCAUUUCUUUAGAUGGUAGCGAACUGUUCAGCAAAUUUACCCUGGCUGAGGAGUGCUUGCUCGGCCUUUUCUGCUUCUCUUUGCUUUAUGCAGAUACAGUCGUACCUUGGAUCCCAAAUGCCUUGAAACUCGAAUCUUUUGGCUCCCGAACCCUGCAAAGCCGGAAGUGAGUCUUCUGGUUUGCGAAUGUUCUUAGGAAGCCGAACAUCUGACGUAGGUUCUGCGGGUUCCGAUUGCGUGCAGGAAGCUCCUGCAGCUAAUCAGAAGCCGCGCCUUGGUUGUUGAGUGUUUUGGAAGUUGAACGGACUUCCAGAAUGGAUUCCGUUUGGCUUCCAAUGUAUGACUGUAUAUGCUGUGCUUGGCCCCAGGGGAUGAUGGGAUCUUGAGGGCUUAGUUUGUAAGGUUGUUGUUUCAUAGACUCAUAGAGGUGGCAACUGCCAACUGCAGUAUUGUUGAUAGGUGGCUAGCCAGCCUACUGUUCUUGAUGCUGAUAUUUAGUUGUUUUUCUCACAGAGUGACCCGAAGAAACUUCCAUUGAAAACAAUAACAAAAAACACGGCAAUACAAUUAAAAGGCAGGUCUGAUAGAUUCCCAGCCAACACGAAAAGAGGCCACAAUUCCCCCCUCCCCCAUUUUAAGGACCCAAAGCCUGGGUGAAGAGAAAAGUCUAAAUAUAGAUAAAGAUGGCACCAUGCAUGCCUCCCUGGGGAGAGCAUUUCACAACAGGGAGCCACCACUGAAAGGGCCUUAAUGAAAGAGAGUCAUCUACCCCUUCCAAAGCAGUCUGCUUUACUGUUGAACAUGUUAUGCCGUCAGGAAGUUCUUCCUGAUGUUUGGUCUAAAUCAAAUCCUUUUUCUUGUAAUCUAAACCCAUUAAUUUAGGUGCUAUCUUCUGGAACAACAGAAAACAAAGUUGCUCCAUCUAUGUAACAGAGGGCUAUUGCAUUGCCUCUUGGUAGUCUUUUCUCCAGGAUGUAAAAUUCACUGACUCCUUCAACCUUCCCCCAAAGAGUUUGGUUUCCAGGCUCUUCAUCAUCAUGGUUGCCCCUCUCAGAAAACAUUCCAGGAGCGAGGCAACCCUUUAGAAAGUGGGGGUGUGAAAAUUGCUUGGGGUUCCUUCCCAGCUCAGCAAGGGGUACCAGUCUAAGAAUGCAUCCAGCCCCUUCCUAGUUAAUCAAGCAGUACUGCUUUGCUAGUGAACACAACCUUUUGGUGUUGGCAGAACGCUGUGUUACAUAGAUGGAGAAGCUGGAAGAGGGAGUUUAGUAUGCCAAUUCUGCUUUCUAAAGCCCAGCCCUCAGCUACUUCUGGAAAUAGCCUCUGCCAGAGUCCCCAAAACUCUAGUUUAUAUCAUGACAAAAAACAAAACUAAACUAAACUUGGAUGAUGUUCAGCUUGCAUAAUACACAGAAUUAGCAUAUAAUUAUUUGAUCACUUUUAAUCAGCCAAAUUUAUUUAAUUAACUGAUUAGAUUAUGACUCCAAUUGUCUUCAGAACCCGCACAAGUGGUAACAGCAUGGGGUAUUAUUUCUAUUGUGCAGCUGGAGUAGAGAGAAAAGGAUGGGGUUCAUGGGAUACAGGUGAAUGAUUAGGAUGAGUUAAGGGUAAUUCUCUCUCUCAUUUACCUGUUUACCUCUAGAUCCUUUAGAAGACAUUGAAUCCACCUUCCUAAGCUUUAUCUUUCCUUUGUGGCCAUGACUGCUAGAAACUGUCUAAUUUGAGGCAGUCACGCCCAGUUGGGUGUUCUCAUCUGCAGCUAUAUUUGACAUGUUUCUGUCGGCAGUAGAUGGGUUUUUCAGCCCCAAACCUGUUUGGACAUGGAGCAUUUCCUUGGUUCUGUGAAUUUUCUGCUCUCAAGAACCCUCUUUGUCAUUGUGCUUGGUGCCAUUACAUACUUGUAGCUUCAAAAAACCUGAUUAUGCAAUUUAGAGAGUGUACAACUAUCUACGUGGUAGCCUUCUUGCUUUGGAUACAUGGAGUGUGUUGGAGCACCAGGUAGUUUCUCUUAGACACAAGACUACCUUCCAGGUUGGAUCUGAUCUUUUGUACAUUAUAGAACACAAGGUAUGCAGUGGCCAUGCCAUGGCUGCUGGUGUCUGCAUACAGGUCGUCAGUUGGUUUGCAGUCAGGAUGAUAUUGGGAGCCCUUAGUUCAGUGCUGGUGGAUGUGUGUAAAUGUCUAUUCCAGCUUAAGCUAGUGGUUGGGGAAGGUGGGAAUUGCAGUCCAGCAGCAUCUGAAGGGCCACAGGUCCCCUCUCCCCCAUGUUUCAGUCACUGUCUCAGCACAUGGCAGGUGCUUUAACCAUGAGUAGCUCACCUGUGACUGGGAAACUUUAGAGUCUCUGAGUCUUGAAUGAUUCCACUUUACCUCUCAUGAUUGACAUUAUUGGCUGAAAUCCAGAAGGGCCCAUUCUUCCCCAGAUUCUUCUCAGAAUUUCAUUCCACAGCUCCUAAAUGUCUCUUUCAAAAAUAAGUUUGGGGGUUGUGGCAUGAGAACCUUUUUGAAGGGGAGAAGCUGCUAAGAAGGGGAGAAGCUGCCAGUACAUGGAACUGCCAGUCUUAAAAGUCUCUAGUUGUGUGUGUGUAUUUUUGAAACUUGCAGAGCACCUUCUGAGUUGGAAACUGAGGAGAAAAUGUGUGCAUGCAAACAGAUGGGACAUACAGUGGUACCUCGGGUUAAGUACUUAAUUCGUUCCGGAGGUCCGUUCUUAACCUGAAACUGUCCUUAACCUGAAGCACCACUUUAGCUAAUGGGGCCUCCUGCUGCCACUGCACCACCGGAGCACGAUUUCUGUUCUUAGCCCAAGGUAUUAUUUCUGCACAAGGGCUUCUAUAUGUGCAACAGGGCUUCCCCCUCUCCCACAUGCACCCUGAAAUUGUCUCGAAGGGGUUGGGGUACCCCCAGAACAGCAUGGAGGGGAGGGAGGGAGAUGGUUCCAUCUGGCAAGUGGAAAUCCUUGCAUAGGCAGAGUGUUUGUCAUGGUGCAGCAUUGAAUUUCACAUCUGUAUGACUCCUCAAAAGCCUUGCAAAUGAGUGGCAUGGAUGUGGAGAGAGUGGGGCCUGCCUUCCUUUUUCAUGGGUUUACUUAUUCCCUGCUCUUGCUUUAAAAGGCUGGAGGUCCCAAUGUGGCCCAAAGUUGUCUGUGACUUGCAAGGAUUGGGCACAGGUUGGCCCCCAAAAUAAGCAACAUGGUGACAGACCUAAAGCUGAGCAGCCGUGAUCUUUAGCAGAGGUGACCGGUUGCCACUGUAUUCUCCAGGCUGGAUUUAGGGCUCCAGUGGUAACACAGACUUCUCAGAUAUUGAUUGUGCAUAUUUCCACAGGCCAGCAGUUGGCCAUUUCUCAUCUAGAGUCUCAUGGCUGAGCCUAAAAGAGGGGGCUGUGUGUCUGCUCUCUGCCCUCCAGGGAAUGUUUGCUCCUUGGGAAUCCGACUUGUUGAAAGGUGUUGUCUUCCCCUUUCUGGCCUUCCUGCUGGGAAUGCAUCCUCCGUUCCUGGUGAUUCAGCAAAUAGGCCCGUCAAAGAAAUGAGAGCUGGCAGACUUGAAGGGGACUCCUGUUUCCCAACAUAGCCUCUUUGACUCCUAAGGAGUGUUCAGCAGCUCAGGCCUUCAGGCAACAUGCUCUCUUGUCAAUGCUCUUUCUCUGCCUCUGCUUACUUACAGUGAAGGAGUUUCUUGCCAAAGCCAAAGAAGAGUUCCUCAAGAAAUGGGAGAACCCGUUGCAGGUAUGACACCUCUCUUCUCGUCUUGAUGUUUUGCCUUCCUUCCUUUAUCUAGCCAUAGCAGCCUGGGUCUUGUUGCUUCUAAGCUCUUAGGCCUGAUUUGAAAGUGACACUGACCUGGUUUGGAUGCAACCAUCAUCCAGAGUUAGACAACUUAUGGCUUCGCAGGAAUGUUCAUGUGUGUUGGUGCACACGGUUUAAAUCGCUCCCGUGUACCCUGCCUCCUUUUGAUGUGCUGGAAAGAAAACAGACCAGGGUGCCAAGAAUACAUGUGUACAGUUUCACACAAUACAUGUGUACAGUUUAAGCUCAGAAUAUGUGUGUACCGUUUCACACAACUGGUGUUGCAUUUAAGUAAGGGAUACACUGCCUAACUUGAAUGCUAUAGUGUGCUGUGUGCAUUGAAACGACUGCUUUGAUAUUAAAUUCAUUAGUACAUAGUUCUCCCCAUUUUACCCUCACAGCAGUCUUGUGAGGUAGGUUAGGCCAAGAAACUGCAACUGGCCCAUUGAGCUUCAUGGCUGAGUGGUGAUAUGAACCCUGGUGUCCUGGGUCCAGGUCUGACACUCUGAUCACUCUGGCUCUCCUGUACUGGCUGUGUGGAAGCCCAUUUGGGUCUGCAUUCACUUGUUUUUUAUGUGUAUAAAAUGUGACCAGUGUAACUUUUUAAAACAAGGCUUUGGAAGGAUCUUGCCAAACCUUUGUUAUUGCUAGUUACACCAAAGGCAAAAGUCUUGAUGCUGGUGGACAUCCUAAAUUAUCCUGCUGAAGAAAUAGGCGCUGAGACAGGUGUUUCAGUCCCCAGGUUAUUCUGGAAUUGCCCCUUUUCUAGGAAUAAUUUUGCAGGGGUACAAUACAGGAGGAGAGUGAGGUGUCCAAGAUGGAAACACAGGAAGAGAGUCAGCUUUGGAUUAGUUUACCUUUUGCAGUUCUAAGACACUUUGGAAGAUGUGUCUGACAAUAAGGUUUGCCAGUGCCCGGGUUGCUUGCAUGACAAGGAACAAAUAGUCAAGAUCUUUCCAAAUUACUAAGCAAGGCUCAGAAGCCCUUCACCUAUCACAUAUACUCUUUGGUGUUAGCAGACCAUAUUACAGAAAGGGGAAUGCAAUCUCCCUCUAGCUGAAUAAGGUAUUUUCUUCCCUGCAAUAUCUGAUGAAUACCUCACUGCUCAACUAACAGGUCCGAUGCUUUAGCUUUUCAGCAAAUAACUCCCAGAAGGUGACUGCCAAAAUAACUGCUUCAUGGCAAUAAAAUGACUGUGUAAAUUGGCCCGGAAAUUUGGAUGCUCUCGCUGUUUUGGCUUGUUCCAUUUGCUGCCCCCUACAUAAAGGUGUCAUUACAUCUGGUUGUAUUUUGCAAUAAGUGUGAUAUUUGGGGAUAUUACUGUUUUUUUGUCAGGCUCUAAGGCUUAACCUGUUGCUGCUAGUUUCUAGGUUAUUACAGAUAGUGUAGUGAGUGUUGGGUGUAUGUACAGUCCUUUUUGUGGAUUGAGUUUGAUUUUCUUGCUGUUCAGUAUGCAGGAGGAUUGUAUGUCUUUCUCUCUAAAAACUCUUGCCUUUUGCGCCCUCUCGUGGUAAAAAGCUAUCUGUGUCUCAAACCCCAAGAAUGCUGCAAGUUUCAGGGAGAAGAGUUGGCACUCCACAGGGAUGAUCCUCUUCAAUAACAGUUGCUGCUUUAAUAUGGCAUGGGAAGACAUGGUACUGCCUGAAGGGUUAUCUUUAAAAUGAAACUAGUAAGCCGGCAUUUUGAACUCUUACGGCCACUUAAGGGUCCCCAAAAUCUGAUGAUUAGAGCCUGGUGUCCUUGACAGAUUGUCUUCCUCUGUUUUUUAUAUUAUUAUUUUCAAAAUCCUUUUUCAGAAUACGUCCAGCCUGGAUCACUUCGACCGGCUCAAGACCCUGGGUACAGGCUCUUUUGGGCGGGUGAUGCUCGUGAAGCACAAGGAGACCGGGAAUUACUUUGCCAUGAAGAUCCUUGACAAGCAGAAAGUGAGUUUGAGCCUGUCGUUGAGUUCUGGGAGUUGGUGCCUGAGGUUGGCAAGAGGGAGGCCCAACUGACUCUGGUUGACUUCCUUUCUGUCUUGCAGGUUGUUAAGCUGAAGCAGAUUGAGCACACCCUCAAUGAAAAGCGCAUUCUCCAGGCUGUGAACUUCCCAUUCCUUGUCAGGCUAGAGUAUUCUUUUAAGGUAAAGGAUGUCUUUGCACUCUCUCUCCCCACCCCCUGCCUAAAUAUUCAUUCUCUGGCUUUCUGGUCCUCUGGAUACCUGCUCUGCUGCAGCAGAUCAAAGGCACACAGUGGCCAACCAGAUACUUAAGGGAAGCUAACCACUUUACCAUAGCACCCAGCUAAUCUUUUUGCCCCUGUCUGGGCUUGUGGCUAGCUGAGCAUCCACCAUUGCAGGCAAGCCCAGCUGGCUGGAUACUUUCUGUGCCGGUAUAGUAGGUACAGUGUGCUUCCCCUUUGGGAGCAGCCUGGGUAGGUGGAUCUCCUGGGCUAGAGCACACGUUGUCAUGAUAGGCCAUCAAAACUCUUCCUUAUGAUAGGCCUUCAAUAUUUUGUUUUGUCCUAGCUCUUUCUGGUGUUGGUGGAGUUUUGGGCAAGUAAACAAGUGGGCACUAUAAGCAUACAAAAUGUUUAAUAAAGCCAACAGUAUUUUAUCAUUUUGUGUUUGAGUUACCCAGAGAACAAUCUUACUGGGUUGCCUUAUAUAAAUACAGUAAGUAAGGCUGCAAUCCUAACACCACUUACCUAGAAGUAAGCCUCGUUGAAUUCAGUAGGAUUUACUUUUAAGUCAAUGUGAAAGUGCUAUAGGAGCAUGUAAGUCUGGACUAUGUGACAAGGCAACUGUGCCUUGUCUAUUAAUGCAGCUCUAAAUCAAGGUUUUGCAGGCUUCCGUUCACCUCAGCUACAUAGAAAGGAUAUAAAAAGCCAUUGAGUCCUACCUAUUGCCACAAAGGGCAGAACCAUUUUUUAAAAAUCUGCUUUGAAGGAAAUAUGCAUGUUUAUAUACCCUUUGUGGCUGUAACCUAAAACCAUGGACACAGUGGCUGUCAAGAAGAGGAGGCCUCUACUGCUGUCUCAUAGGUUCCUUGCCAUUUCCCCUCUGCUAUAGCAGUCCUUGACAAUGCCGUGUCAAAGGCUUACCUCUCAAUCAGAAUAAAGCCUGAACAAAUACAUUCAUGCUACCUUGCAGAGAUUGUUUCAGUUGCAGACUUUGGGGGUUAAAAAAAAAAAAGUAUCUUAAUUCUAAAUACUAUUUCCUCGGCAGUAAGUCCCAUUGAUGUUAGUGGGACUUGCUUCCAAGUUGGUUGGUGUUAGACUGUGUGUAUAAUUCAUUCCCUUGGUAGUGAGAGUAAUUCUGUAAGUCUACAAGAAGAUCCUUGCUGGAUCAGCCCAAAAGCCCAUCUAGUCCAGCAUUCUGCCCAACAGUCCAUACUAGCCAACCAGGUGCCUUUGGGGAGCCACAAACAGGAUCUGAGCACAACACUCUUUUGUUUAUGAACUGGUAUUGAGAGGCCUGCUUCCCCAUAGUGGAGUUACUAUAGUUAUCAUGACUAACGGUCAUUAUUAGUCUUAUCCUACAUGACGAGGUACUAAGAGGUAUGAGUUCACCUUAGUAACAGCUACUUUUGAAGUUGUUGCCUUUUUUUUUAAGGUCAUGGCAGGAAAAGACUCUGAACAGAACAUAGCACUAAAACCAAAACACUCUGCUAUAGAAACAGUUUUGCACCAAGCAAAACUAUAUGAUCGUUGUGCAAAUAAGUUGUGCAAAUGAAUGGGGACUAGAGGACAAGGAACUUGUAUACAUUCAGAUUUUAAAGAACUUGCAUUUAUUGAGCGGGAAGCAAGGCAAUGGUGGUAGAGAGCGAUGGACUAGGGAACAAACGUGAAGAUUGGAAUUGGGGGCAGUUAGGAAAGUGUAGCCAUGUGAAGGAAUGAAGUACUGAUCUGAAAUGCUGUGACCUGUUCCUUCACCACCACCUAGUCUGUAGGCACUGUAUCAACAUUUUGGUUUUUUAUCUGCAACUGCAAGGGCAAGAUACUUCAUUUUUUUAAAGGAAAUUGGCAGGAACUUGAAUUCUGUGGUGUCUAUAGUCCUUUCUCCCAGCCCAACAGCAAACCCAGUUUCUGUUCUAGAGUGCUCCUAUGGAUGUGUGAGUACGCUGGUGCAAGUGUCACUGCAGAAAGGCAAUAGAAGUAAAUAAAUUGGAGAGCUGUGGCCCUGAACAUAGAAGGUUGGGGUGGGUGCAAAGCAGUGCUGGCCAGGACCCUGAGUUGUUUCUGCCCUUGAUUACAGGAUAACUCAAAUCUGUACAUGGUGAUGGAAUACAUCCCAGGUGGCGAGAUGUUCUCCCACCUACGACGGAUUGGCAGGUUCAGGUGAGUGUGCUCCCCUGUCAUUGUAAGGUUGGGAUGAUGCUCUCAGUUGUGGGAACAGAAGAGCUGAGAGUUGGGCUUCCUGGGUUAGAACAGGGGAAAGGAACCAGGAAAGAACUAGGUUUCUCUUGUUCUGCACUUUAAAGUUGAGUGGAGGAUAUCUUCCCCUUCCAGCAAGCCCUAACUUCUGGGGUAAAGAAUAUGCAGUUUAGAAAAAAAGUCUAAUGAUAGGACAGAAGCUGCAUUUGCUUUGACAUUAAUUCCCAUCCUCCUGGAUGUGAAGCUGGUGACUUGCAAAGAGCAGAUCAUUCCUAUCAGUGUGGUGGCAAUGACACUGAGUUCCUGAUUAUUCUCUUUAACACUAAGGGGCAAGGGGUGACCUGGCUUGACAGGCCCAUAUGAGCAGAGUGCUUUUCAUCAGAGGAUUGUUAGCGGAGACUUCAGUAUAGAAGCUACCACCAUAGAACAUGCUUCCAUCUUGCUUUGUAUCCAUUUACUGUAUGGAAAGCGGGAUGCUUGUUAACAUGCUCUCAUUUAACUGUGUAGUUAUGUGUGCUUCAGAUAAGCUGCCAUCUUGUAGAACAGUCUAGAACUGGCAUAGCACUGAGACUGAGCGACGGACCAGGAAGCCCCCAGUCCGAAUGGUGCCUCUGCCAUGAACUCAACUACAUGGCAUUACGCAAAGUUCUGUCUCACAGCCUCAGCCCCACCAUCUGCAACACGGAGAGUAAAUAGUAAUGACUUACCUUCCAGGAUUGUUGCAAUGAUUACACUUACAUAAGAACAUGGUCAGAAUAAGGGAAGAGAUUCUGCAUGUGUUCAGCCAUAGGUGGGGCAGGGAGAGCAUGAGUGAAAUGUGUGAGAUAACUUCCAGCUGAAGACUCAAGGUCCUGUUGAACGGGGAACAGGGGAGAGAUCUGGUCUUAUAGUAUUGGUUUGUGACAGGGGGUGGAAACCUGAGCCCUUUUGCUGAGAGUACAGCUCCCAUCAUCCCUGACUGAGCUGGUUGGGGCUGAUGGGAGUUGGAGGGCCACAGGUUCUCCAUCCCUGGUUUAUGGGGAUCAGUGAAGGUGAAGACUCAGCUGGCAUGCAUUGGAGGUGGCCUAUGAAAAAGCUCUUGCCCCUUUUGUUGCAGUGAACCUCAUGCCCGGUUUUAUGCCGCUCAGAUAGUGCUGACUUUUGAGUACCUGCACUCACUAGAUCUCAUCUAUCGAGACUUGAAGCCUGAGAACCUCCUCAUCGACCAGCAGGGCUACAUUGAGGUAAUGCUGCUUCCAUCCAUUCUGUGAGAUUCUGCCGCACAGCAUUUUGAGAAUUCCUCUCCUUGUCAGUAUGUCUAGGAAUACUGUUUCUUUCCCCAAAUAUCUGUAACAAUUAGUUUUUUUAAGAAAGGACUGAAUUUUGACAAGCAUAAGUAACUUCUUAGGAAAUUUUGGAGUUGACAUAAAAUCUAAAGGUGCACCUCUUUCUAUUAUUUGUUCUUUGAAUAUCAGGAAGUCCACCCCCCCCCCAGUGGUACCUGCUCAACCAAAUGUGCUCCAAACCACCAGAUGCACUUUUCCUAUUUUGGUGGCAAGUGGGGAGCAUGUUGGAAAACAUUCAUUACGAGCAGUUGCUGUUUAGAAAGUGAUACUUACCUUUGGAAACAAAAUCUUCUCUCUUAUUCCACCCGAAACAUCACCUCUCCGUGUGCUGGGGUUUGUGCAAGCCACCGUCACUUCCUUUGUGCUGCUGACCCUAUUGGUGUGGAGAACUCAGCUUUGUUAAUUUUCUCUUACCUCCAGGUGACAGAUUUUGGCUUUGCCAAACGAGUGAAAGGCCGAACAUGGACCCUUUGUGGGACUCCAGAAUACCUGGCUCCUGAAAUCAUUCUGAGCAAGGUGAGACACCUGUACUCAGGAACAGUGUUUUGGGCCUCGUUCAGCCCAGAAAGAAGACUGUGUUCAUCUCGAUAUCUUGCAGUACACUGCAAUUAAGUGUUGAUCAUCCUUGGUGUUUGUGAUCUGAGCCUGCUUUCCUGUUUCAGGGUUAUAACAAAGCUGUGGACUGGUGGGCCCUGGGUGUCCUCAUCUAUGAAAUGGCAGCCGGCUACCCCCCAUUUUUUGCAGACCAGCCCAUUCAGAUAUAUGAGAAGAUUGUCUCUGGGAAGGUAAUAUUUCAGCAUAGAGGCUUGCAUGCUGGGUACAGGAUAUUACAAAUAUAUAUUACAAUAUGUAGACCAUCUUGCCCAUGGAGGGAAUGCAGUACUUCCCUAGAAGGCGUGUUAGAAAUUUCCAAAUAGCUCACAGUAUACAGUGCAUACAUUUAUAAUGUUCGGUGAAGCAUGGACCUGCUGUGUUUACCUGCCAGAUAAAUGUUGGAGUAGGUGGAAUUCAGCAGACUGUGAACGGAAACCCCCUCUGUAUUUUCUUGGCAAAUCUUCCAGCUAUUUUUUGGUGCUGCUUGCAGCUUUCACCACAGGAACAAAUGUCUGGAAAUCUAGAUGGCUGCAGUUAUAUUCAUAGUCUGACCUUAUUUUGAGGAAAGGGGCAGAUCUGUUGGCUUCAUUUGAAUACUGAGUCUCAAAUUUCGUAUACUUUAAACAAACUUAAGGCUCUAGUCUUCAGUGUGAAGAAGAAAUUAAUUGAAGAAUUCUACAGGCUAAGUGGAAUAUGGAUUUUCUGAGUCUAGAAUUCUAGUGUCUGUAAUACUUGGCAGUUCUCCCAGAUGAGACUCCUAGAGUAAUGUGAGGCCAAGCAGCACAAAAAAGAUCAGAAAAGCACAAAGUGGAGUUUUAUAAGUUAAACAGAGUAAAACUGCGGAAAGGGGGAGACAUGCAACUCAAGCUCUCUGUAACUGCAACGCUGUGAGUUUUCAGAAUAUUGCUCUUAGAAUUUGUAACAUGGCCUAAAGGAGUGAGGUGUGGCAGGGCAGUGUUGGAAGAGCUUUGCAGGAAAAUGUGUGAUGUCAAAGGAACAUCUCCCCCACCCAAGAAAACUAAACGAAAGUAAUGGAGAUCAGUGGAUAUAUGUGCAUGCUAGCUUUCAGAUGGCUGGGGCUCGCUCUUGUUCUGCUGCUCCAGAACAUGCAUGCUCUCUUUGAGUCCAGCUGUCCUUUUAUCCCUUCCCUGCCAUUUAUCCUAUGAAUUUUCACUGGGCCCUACUUGCCAACUUUGAUUUCUCAGGUGGUUAAUGCUAAAAUAAUCAGUAUUAAGUUGCCGUUUGAGUCAGGCUGUUAGGCCAGGAGCUGUACUGACCCGGCCUUUCUCAGUAACACCUAAGAUCUUCUAUUGAGUCAACUAAUUGUUGACGAAUAAACAUGCAUUGUGGAUAACAGUUAUUCUAUGGCACUGACCACAGUUUACUUUGGAUUUGAAAUUUGUGCAGGUGUGUUAUGGAUCCCCACAAUGUCCUUCAGCAAAGGAUUUGUCCUUGUUAAGAUUGCUGUGAUACUACUACCAUUAUUAUUAUUAUUAUUAUUAUUAUUAUUAUUAUUAUUACUAUUACUAUUAUUAGCACUUAGUAUCACAGUUGGGCAUGAGGCAUUACUAUUAACUAGUUGAAUUAAUAUAAAAGCUCCCAGAACCUUGUUUGUGAUAGGUUCUUGCAUCAGGACAGCUCAGCUAAGGUUGCAUAUAAAAAACAUAGUCAAAAUGUUAUGCGCUUGAUCAGGUUUGGUUCUCUGCAAAAGAAACUGAUGAUACUUGUGCACCUCUGUGAGGUGGGCUUUUACUUAGAUAAGUCAUCCAAGUAAUAAUGACUGAGGGUUAAACACGGUUGGUCAUGAUGACAGUCUAGCACAGAUCUCAGCAGAAUGAAUAGCAAGUAACCAUUAAUCAAGAUUAGGUGCUCUGCUUAAAAGAGAAGGGGAAUCUGGGUAGAAGUAGCUCCUUUCACAAUACUAAGAGAAAAGGCUAAGCCAGACUCUGUGAUACUUACAUUUGAUCUUGGUGAAGCUUGUAUAAAAUUCCAGUCUUACAUUUAAACUGGUACACUAAAUGUACUUAAAUAUAGGGCAUGUCUACACUACAGAUUGGAGCCAGAUUUUUUCAAACUGAUGCAUCUGUUUCCACCACCCUGCCAAGGUAACCUAAGAACAUUGCUUGGGGAUCCUCAUUGCUUCAUAGAAUCACAUUGCCUAAUGCCUUAAGCCCCUUUAAAAACUAUGGUGUAAAUAUGUGCAUAACCUAGCGCCACAUCCCUACUAAUCUGCCUGAUAACAUUCUAUCUUUUUAUCUAUCUAAUAUCUUUCUGUGGUAGAACAAAAUGUAGGUUACAGGAAGCACAUAUACGUGAACUGCCUUGAAAUCUUUGGAUGAAGGGUGGUAUACAAAUUUAAUACACAAAUAAAAUAAAUAUAGCCACUUUGCCAGUGCUUUUUUCUUAGGGCGUUUGCUCCUAGGGCUUCUGAUUGAAGAUCUUCAAACCCGCUAGCCACCCUGAAUUUCAUUUAGGUGAGAUACAUUGCUGAGAAGCAAGCGCAAAGAGCACCUGUAUUAUAUUUAAGGGUUUUCUUGCUGUCAACUUCUUUUGCCAAACUGCUUCUUAAAUUGUUUUCAGUUUUUAAAAAGUAGUCCAGGGGACAUUGCAUCAGUUGUACAUUUGUGUGUGCAUGUGAAUUUCUCUCUUUCAGCAGUUCCUGUGCCAAGCCAGUCAGACCAUUUUUUUUAAAUUCAGAAGUUAUAAAUCAGUUUAAAGAGAGAGAGGCAAGCGUUCCAAGUGUGUUAGUAAAAGCCCUCCUUCUGUCCCUCUUGUGUUUAGAGUGUUUCCAGAGGGAUAUGCACAUCUCUGUCUCUGUGGCAGCUAGAAGUUCUUGUUAGAAUAAAUUCUAGGAUUUGUGGGAAUGUGCAGUGUUAACAUUUAAGGACAGAAGAAGAGCCUGCUAGAUUCUGUUCUCACAGUGGCCAACCAGAUUCAUAUGGGAAGUCCUCAAGCAGGGCAUGGGUGCAACUUCCCAAAGCCCCAGUUUUGUGGUAGAUGUUGCAAUUGCAGACAUAUGGUGAAUUAGUGCUUUGGCUACAGAGCAUAAUGAAUCUCACUUCCUGCCCUUUCCCUGCGGCUGUCAGAUUUCUCCUGGAAGGCAGAGAGAUUAACCUGUUCUUGGCUUCUGCUUCCUUGCACCCAGGUUCGCUUCCCGUCUCACUUCAGCUCAGACCUGAAGGACCUGUUGCGUAACUUACUCCAGGUAGACCUCACCAAACGCUUUGGCAACCUCAAAAAUGGAGUCAAUGACAUCAAGAACCACAAGUGGUUUGCUACUACUGAUUGGAUUGCCAUCUACCAACGGAAGGUAAGGAGAAGUAGGAGGGUGCAGUCAGAAGAGGGGGUGGUUUGUGGUAGCAGCCCACAGCCUUAUUUCCAAAGCAAAGGUUUCCACUAUCACACUGCCAGGGAAGUAAUGCCAACUCACUGUGGGUGUGUAGUGCUGGUACACAAAGCCAUCCAAACACAUGUAUCACCUUUUGGAAGUGUAUAGCUCACGAACAAGAGAGCCCCCCCACCCACCCACAAAGCUUAUCUCUGUGUUGAGAAAACCAGCAUGUGAAGCAGCUCUUACACUUCAGUGGAACUUGCAGGCCCACUAUUAAUGAUAUGGGAUCUUGGGACAUAUUGUGAUUAUUAGUUAUCUGUGAAAAGAUCCCAGGAUCUAGUUAAAUCCACUGUUGCAGCUGUGUUGGAAAUCAUCAUGUCUUCUCUUAGACCUUCCCUUUGUGAAUUUGAUUGAAAGCUUCAGCCCCACAGCUGCUAAUGGCAUCUGGAUGCUAAAAACCUUCUCUGGUCACUUGCUGCUUUCCAUGGUAUAAGCCUGCAGCCUUCCAGAUGUUGUCAGACUCCAGUUCCCACCUUGCUGGUCAGGAGUUUGAAUCCAGCACAGUUUGGAGUGCCAUUCCUGGUAUAGGAUCUGCUAAUGGCCAAAUGAAAGUAAUUGCCCAUAGAACAUGAGGAGCGGGCAAGGCUGAGAAACCCCUUUGUAUGAAAAAGCUGAAGGGAGGCAGGAUAGGAUGGUGUCGUUGACCGUGUUCACUCUUAGUUCUGCUGCCUACCUAAUUUGCAAAUAUUCUGGAGAUGAAGGUUAUAAGUUUCAGUUCCUCCUAAACUGGGGGGGAAAUAGCAGGCCCAAUUAAAUGCAUCUCUGCCGUGAGGAGGAAGCUGAGCAGCAAGGCAGGGGUCAGUAGGUACAGCUUCCAUUUUGGCUGGGCCUGAUUCAGGGCCAAACAAGACGUGCGUUUUUGUUCAGUCUGUGCCUGCUCAUUUGCCUGUAACGUGCAGGUGUGGGGAGAGCCAUGUUUUAUGUCAGGGUGGGCACACAAGGAAGGGAAUCAAGGGCUACUCCAUCCACCCUUUUCCUUUUUGUUUUAUUAUAAUUAUAAUUUUUUAUUAUUUAUUGAAUUUAUAUACCGCCCUAUAUCCGGAGGUCUCAGGGUGGUUCACAAAACAAAAUAAAAAUAAAAAACCACAAAACACAUUAGCAAAAUAAAAACAACAACCCAAUAAACACACCCCAAUGAAACAAAAAAAUACCACAUUUUAAAAGGGCAUAGGAUGUCAAUCAAACCAACCAAAGCCCUGGUUAAAAAGGAACAUUUUUGCCCUGCGCCUAAAGGUGUAUAAUGCUGCUUUGAGAUUAUUUCCCCCCAAACCAGUUCCAGUAUUGGAAGUAGAGUGGGCUAAAGGGAAAGGAGAUUAAGGUAACCUAAGUGUGGCAAGGUAAAGAAGGGGAAAGUUUUGUUCCCCUCUCCUGCCAACUCAUUUUUGAUACUCAGAAAGUAGAUUUCAGCCCCACCUGAGAAAUAAGCAGUCAAGGACCUGAUUAAAAAGCACAGGCAUGUCUGGCUUGCCCUUUAGCGGGCUCAAGCUACGAGUGAGGAAGAGCUCAUGUUGCUCUCCUUGCCUGUGGAAUAGGCUUAGCUGUAUCCAAGGGCCACAUUCCCUUUUGGGCAGCCUUCCAGGGACCACAUGCUGAUGGUGGGUGAAGCCAGAGGCCAAAGUGAGCAAAGCAGUGGAUGUGAAUUUUAUCGUGCAAUAGGCUCCUUUCUACAGAUGCUUGCACACACCCACACCCUCUGCCUUCCAUCCAGGCAAGCAAGAGGUAUUACCAGAGCCCAAGGACCUAUUCCAGUCAGGCAAGUGGGGCCAGGGAGGUGUGUGUGGUCUGGGGAGGGUCCCACAGGUCAGAGAGGAGUACAUUUGCCCCCCAACCCUGAGGUUCCCCUGUAUGACAUGUGCUCUCUCUCUCUCCCCUGCCCACCUAUUUUUGUUUCUGGUUAAACUGAGAAGGCUUAAACCAGUAACCCCGCAGGGAGCCCAAUUUCACAGCGAAUGGUAUCAUUUAUCUCUCCUAAACCCAUGCAGACACGACCCGUAAUAACUCCUCGCUUUGUCCCCUCCCCUCCACAGGUGGAAGCUCCCUUUAUACCAAAGUGCAAAGGCCCCGGCGACACAAGUAACUUUGACGACUACGAGGAAGAGGAGAUCCGGGUGUCCAUCAGUGAGAAGUGCGCCAAGGAGUUUGCAGAAUUUUAGGGCCAGUCCCCCUUGCUUUGUGUGCCCAGGAAAAGGAAGGGCUGGAUUUGAUCAGCCCCAAGGGCCAGAGUUCCUUGCCUAUAUGUUAAUUUGGGGAGGUGGGAGAGUGUUGGGGUUCACCUGAAUCUGUUUGGGCAGAAGAGAGAAAAGGGGAGUUCAUUUUGAAGCUGUGGAAAAGGCAGCAGUCGGAGUGCCAUCCAUCCACCUCCCACUGAAAGCUGUAAGGUGGCUCCCAGCCACUCUCAGGCAGGUUUUAAACAAAUUCCCUUCCUCCUCAUAUUGACUCCAACCCCCCUCCCCACCACUACCACACACAAACCCUAAUUGGACAGUCCCUGGUUUAUUGGUGGCUUUAUUUUAUUAUUUUUUUUAGGGGAAAGGGGAUAUAUUUGCCAUUCAUCACCCCCUAUGAAAGGUCUGGUUCAUGGGGCAUUGCAAGAAUUUCUGGAAGGGGGGGUUAGGGCAAGAAAAAACCACAUCCACACAGCACUUUGGUGUUUAGACCAGCACUGAACAGGUUAAUGGCCCCACCCUCUCGCCUUCCCCUAUGGGACAACUCCUGUCCUUUUAUCAGUUUCCCCCCCUUUCCAGGCCCCUUUUAUUAUCUUUAAAUAAAAAGUUUAAAGAAAUAGUUGACUGGCUUUAUAAAAAAGGGUUUUAAAAGUCUAGGCAGGGCACAGUGCUUUUUUAUACGCUCUGUCUCCCGCACCGUUAAAUUAAAUUCAACCGGAAUUUUAACUCUGUAAAAACAACUGAGUUUUAGCAUGAAGAAUUUGUGUGUGUUUUUUGGAUAGAAAAACACUUUAUUUCCAAUCUUUGUCUCCCUAUUUUGGGGGAAAGAAGGGGGCAAUAGUUUUCACACCUGUAGGAGGGAGCAGUGACUGGUUGCCAGCUGGCAAAGGCAUACUGAGAGAAAGAAGCUUGUCUCAAUUUGUCUUUCUUAAAUGUGCACACACCCCUUCUCUCUCUCUCUCUCUCUCUCUCUCUCUCUCUCUCUCUUUCUCCCCCUCCCCUAGUCUCCCCAUCACCACCACCCUCCAAUCCAAAUGUCCCAACAUGAGUUUCCCCACUUCAGGCAACUCUUGGAGCACCUGCCUGAACGGAAGAGAAACAAGCAGGAUCUAGUCCACCCUGUGAAACAUCAGAUAGACUCUAGCUAGUUGCCAUGGUUCAAAGGGGCUUCUCCCAUUUGGUGAGCCAUCAGGGUGGGAGAAAGUCCAUGUAGAUAGAGCUUGACCGUCGCAGGCAAAAUGCAUUGGCUACUGGGAUCCUACCCUUCCCAACUCAAACCUCCGACAUCUGUUUUUGUAAUACAAGGAUGUUUCCAGUCUGUUGGUGGAAACUCCAUCGCACCGGUCCUUAAGGGCUCCAUCAGCCUGCUAUGUGGGGGUUUUUUUAUGUUAAGACGCUAAGGAGGGAGUGGAAAAUGUAAAUCCCGGUGUAAACGGAGGUGGGGUAGGGGCUUAGAAACGAAAGUGUUGGGAAGGCCCAUUCCAUUUUGACCUGCAGUUCUGACAGGGAAUGAGAGGUGGCAUCUGUUUUAUUAGAGUCUUUUCUCAUGGAUGCGGAGGGAGCUGUGACUCAAAGAUGAGGAGGGGGAGCCCAUUUCUCUCCAUUUAAUUUGUUCCGACUCUUUCCUCCCCCUCCCUUUCCAAUGCAAUGCCUCUUUGUGUUCUGUCUUCACCUACCCCACUCCAAACACACUCUAUAUUCACCAGUUUAGUUUUCUUUUGUUUUCUUUCUGUGGCUGGGGAGCAAAGCAGUCUUCUUUAGAUUGAUAGAUGACAUAUAACACAUACAGAAGCGCUGUCAGGAGCAGGCAAGCUUUGCUUGCCCCUCCAACUCCUCGUCGUCCUCUUCCCACCAAUAGCUCAUUGGCCUCUUCUAUGUUGGGUUGGGGAGACAGCGGGAGUUAAAAUACCCACCAGCUCCCUGCCUCAGAAAAAAACACUUCUAUGUAAUCCAACAAAACUUGUUUCACUGAGAAAAAAACAAACCCUACUUCCUCUUUAACAGUGUGCUUUGUUGUAAACAUAUUUGAAACUAUUACCAAUAAAGUUUUGUUUAAAAAAA